GCCUUUUUCUCCAGCAACCGCUUUCCCUGGUGGAGGCUCCCGGGGCCUCCUCCGCCGCAGGAGCUGCAGGCCGCGCUGCCGCCCGCUGCCUGGGGAAGACGCGCUUACCGGCCAUCUCCGCCGACACCCGAGGCCGAGGCCGCUCCCUCCCCUCGGAAGUGCGCUCACGUCCGGCUCCGCCCAGCUCCGCCGCCCAGCGCUGGAGACCCAGCGCCGCUGGGCCUGGGGGCGACGCGGGAGCUCAGGCCCCGGCCCUGGCCCCUGCUGAGGUGAGGAGGGCAGCCUAGCGCGGCGGGGAGACGGGGUGGGAGCCUCCUGGCUGGGCGGCCCUCUCUUCUUCCCUUCCCUGGCUGCAGGAGGCGAUAAGAAGGACGCUCACCGUCCGGAGAACCCCCUUUUUACGCAUUCCUUCCCGGGUUUCCUUCGAGAGACCCGGCGCUGGAAACACGUGUCGAGGCUCCGUCCUGACGAGCUCUGGGCGGUUGGUCGGCUUCUCUGCCCGCCAAGGCGCGCACAGUGAAUGAGGCUUGCCUUGAGCAUCUCUCGCGGGGGUGAAGCGGGGGCGCAUGUUUGGGAACCGCCGUGUGCUGGGUUUGUUUACCUCCUUUAGUGUAUUUCGGCCGCCUGCCUGUACUCUUGUUCCGUUCAUGCUUCAGGUGCGGUGGUUGGGCUUCCCAACAGUGCUGAUUAUUACUCUAUCGAUUAAUGGGAUCUCUUAAUUCUGCCCUCUUUUAUCACUCAUGGGUUAGAAUUGUCAUUCUGCAUUGAGGAGGAAGGACAAAAAUCCACCCAGAAGUUUUCCCUUCUCCCAUUAGUCUUUUCUUUCUUUCUUUCUUUCUUUCUUUCUUUCUUUCUUGUAGAUUUGUGCUUUCCUCUUCAUGCCCUUCUUAGCAAAACAAAUAAAUAAUACAACUUCUACACGGCAUUGAAAUGGGGGUGGGUGGGAAUGAUACCUCUUUAAGCAACUCCUCUCACUGCUGCACAGUUUGCAGAAUUAAUAUUGCAGCAUCCACCCUUAACAGCUCCUGGGUUCCUGAAAUGAAAACAUAUUCCGAGAAGCUUUUCCAUCCUAAAUAUCUGUAGCUAGGAAAGUUCCUGAUACUUGAGCUGUGCAUUUACUAAUUCUGCAAGCUACAUAUGUUGGCACAGCCACCUUGUAGCCCAGUGAACUUCAGUUAUUUAUGGUACUUCUUUCACUGUUCUGCCUGAUGCUUGUUGAAUUCUUCCUUGGACAAAUCAUUUAUUUGUUACAAAUGUAUGCUUUUGAAAAAGGUAGCUCCCCUGGGACCUGGUUUUAUGUUCGUUUAAAAAGCAAAACAGUUGAUGCUGUCCCUUCAAAGUGAUUUAAUGGUUUCAUUAUUUGAGCUUCUGUUACUUCAACAGGAGGAUAACACACAUUGUUUUCCAAAAUUGUCGUCUGCAACAAAGAUGUAUCCUGCCUUAGGGUAGUGGACUAAAUGUGAUGAACUGGCUGCUUAAAGCCAUAGGAUUCUUCGAUGGAAGACUAGCAGAGUGAGUGCAUCAUAACCCUUGGUUUUGACAUGAAAUUUAAUAUUCUGUUUUGAAAAAAGUACCAGUAUCCAAAAUUUAUUGUAACCUUAGCUCACGAAAUAGAAGUUCCCUAAAAACUCUUAAGCGCACUGUGUUAGCAGAGCUUAAGCAAUCCAGAGGCAUGUCACAUGAGAACUGGGUGUGGAAAAUUAGCAAGACAUACACUUUGACCUUUAAUGGUGCCUAAUUCCAAUGCUGGUUCUUCCCUGUGCGUACAUAGGCAGGUAAAUGACAGCUGGCCACCCCAUGUUCAGUGAUGAACUGCAUUUGGGUUGUACAUAAUUUUCUACACUUAAGGCAACUUUAUAAUGUAUGAGGAGGUCUUCAAUGCAUAUUUAGAUGUCAGUAGUAGGAGUAAAUCAUAUGACCCAAUGCAAGAGGGAUGCCAGGAUUUAACUAGACUUCCCCCCCUUCUCCACUAUUAGCAAGGGACAAUAUUUAUUUGGAACUUUUACUUUGAUUUUAUCUCAGAAGUGCCUUUCGAAAGAAUACUAGUUCGCUCAGCUUCUUUUACUUGUAUGUGUGGCUUUUACUUGUUAUGGUCUUGAGUGCUUGCAUAGACAUUAAUUCUGCAUAAUUUCCUGUGGUGGCAGAGAUGGAAGCGUUGGCAUUGGUUUGAAUGAACAGGAUUGCUGAUCUAGCACAUAGUGGCUAUGUUUGCAAGUUGUGGCAAGCCAUAGUUAAUGGUUUUCUGUCAGCAACACAUGUGACUUCCACAUCACUCCUCCCCAAGCAUGACUGGGAGGAACAAACCAUGAUCCCUGACUUAGUGUUACAUCCAAGCUGAGUACCAUGGUUUGUUUUGCUCCAAAUAAACCAUGAUGUGAAACCAAGAGUUGUUCUUGACUUACCAUUAGGUGUGGGGAUGGGGAAGAGAUUUGGCACUAACAUUAAGAUUCACUGUUACAUCUUUGGAUCAGCCUCUUAGGGAGUAUUUUUGUUUUUAAACUCUGUGGGAUUCAUAAAUGGGACCCGGGGCACAGAAGGAAUUGUGAAUUUUGCAUUCUUUGGGAACAUUCCCCAAUUGUAGUGAUGUUAAAUCAGGGGUCGGCAAAGCUUUUGUGGCUUGGGCUGGUUCACUGUCCUGCAGAUGCCGCAGUGGGCCGGAGUGCGCACGCACGCACACAUGUGCAAACACUAUUUCUGGUGUGGAGGAGGCGUGUGCAGCUUCCCAUUGGCUGCAGGAGCUUCCUGCAGCCAAUGGGAAGCCAGCCAGCAUCGCGGAAGGUGGUCCCCGCUCUGCUCUGUGCCAGUUUAGUGUGGCACAUGGGAGCCGACUGAGCAGGCGGCAGGGGUCCAUGGGCCAGUUAAACGACCCCUGUGUUAAAUGAAAGACAGGAAUCUUGUGCAUCAAUUCUCACUGCUAUUUGCUGUCCAAGAGCUUGGUUUCUGGAGGAGAAGAGGGAAGCUGGGUAAAAUGCAUGUCUCCCUUCCCUAGCUUAUUGAAGCAAAGCUCCUUUGUAAACCACGGUUCGAAGUUGGCUUAUUUCUGCAAACUAUUGUUAAGGCUAACCACAGUUGGUCUGGCUUUGAAUGGAACUCUGAACCGCAGUUAAUGGAAGUGAUUUUUUCCCCACCAAAAUACUGAGGACACCAGUUGGCAUUCAUCAGUUUUGGAGACAGUGGAAGAGUGUUGGAACAUUGGCAACUAAUUGCUUUGUGUUCUCCUUUUCAUAAGUUGAAAGCCUUUGUCAUGCAUAAAAAAGAAAUCACAAAGUAUUGUUCUGGGUUAUGAGACACAAAAUGUUAUACAGCGUAAGCAUUAUGUUAAGCCAACUAGUUGCAGAUCUGUGAUGCAGUAAGUAUUAUUAUUAUUAUUAAACUUUUCAUGAGGGAGAAAAACCACUUUUCCCCACCAGCAUUGUACGUACUCCCAGUUGUAUAGAUACUAAGGGUGGCCGCUGAAAUAAAUACUCCUUGUUUUCAUGGGCUUCAGGGGUACAUGCAGUUUAUCUUUUCCAGCCUCUAGGUAGCACAUACAGAUGUUUGCCAUGGCAUCGGCGACUCCAUCGUUUACCUUCAAGGAGUUCUGUCCCUUGUACUAUCUUCUCAAUGCCAUUCCUACAAAGAUCCAAAAGGGAUUCCGUUCCAUUGUGGUAUACCUCACUGCACUUGACACUAACGAGGACUACAUUGCUGUGGGCAGCAGUAUUGGAAUGUUGUAUUUAUACUGCAGGCGCUUGAACCAGAUGAAAAAGUACAAUUUUGAGGUAUGAACCAACACUUAACAGGACACCUUCGUUUUUUAAAAGGUGUGAUGAAGCUUAUGCCUUGGGUUUUGUCAGUUUUAGCAUAUUGAAAUGUGCAGAAAUGUAAAGCUAUAGAGUUAGUUAACUUGAGGAAAAGCGGUUGCUCUGGCUGUUGCUAAAAUUAGAUUAAGAGUCAGCAUCUAUUUGUGGUCUGUAAUUAUUUUAUCUCACACAGCAUGAUUUAGGGGUUUGUUCUCAGUUCUAUCUACUUGCUUCUCAGUGAGGCAUUCUGUUGUUCAUCAUCUGUUGAUUUAUAUGCUGCUUUUCCACUAAAGAUAGUUCCCAUAGUGGUUUGCAGGGCAUAAGGAAAUGAGAGCUGUAAUAUAUCACAAAAUAUAAACGUUAGUACAUCAAAGUUCAACAGCAGUUUCAUACCCUAUAGAUUGCAACAACAUAAUAUCAACAAAUUUUAUUUAUGUUAUUUGUUUAAUUUCUAUACUGCCCUAAACCCAAAGGUCUCAGGGCAGUUCACAUAAAAUAUCAAAUACAUAAAAUCAAAACAACAAGAACCCCAUAAUCCCCCCUCCCCCAAAAAGAGCCAGCAUUUUAAAAAGGGUAUAGGAUGUAGAUCAAGUCAGGCAAAGGCCUGGUUAAAAAGAAAUGUUUUUGCCUGGUGUAUAUUGAAGGCGCCAGGCGAACUUCCCUGGGGAGAGCAUUCCACAGACGGGGAGCCACUGCAGAGAAGGCCCGUUCUCAUGUUGCCACCCUCCUGACCUCUUGAGGAAGAGGCACACAAUUAUAAUUCAUAUUGAUAAUUCAUUUAUUUGGAAAGAUUUAUAGACUACACUUCAUUACAAAAUUCUCUAAGCAUUGCACAUACUAAAAUUACCAGUAAAACACAGCUAAAAUCCACAAAACUAUUAAAAAAAACAAAAUAUACAUAAAAUAAUUAUAAAUAAAACACAAAUUAAAAUCGGUAACAAUGUAAAAGCAACUUUAGGUGACUAAAUUGUAUGUUUGGGUAGUCUUGCUGAAACAUAACAGUUUUCAGCAGGCAUCUAAAACAAAAUAGUGAGGGCUCUUGUUUAAUUAUCAGCAGACAGGAAGAUUGACACCUUAUAAAUGGUAAACAGUAAUUCAUAUAUCAUAUCAAAAAAAUUAUACAGCUGAUAAAAAACUGGUAAUAAAAUAAUAUAUUGCAAAGUCAGCUAUCAACAUAUCAAGACAUUCAAUAAUAUGUUUCAAACAUUAAUAUUAUUAUUAUAGCCAGUACUAUCAUAAUUAUCCUAUAAAACAUACAAAAGAAUACCAAAAGCGGCAGCAACAACAUAGUACUUGAAAAACAAACAAAUGCCUAAGCUACAAGUAAAACCCUCAGAAGCAGCAGCAAUACGAUAUACUCUCAAGAGCAUCCCAGAGCCCAGGAAGCAAGUCGGAGAGCUUAAAAGCUCUUUCCGUGUUGGGAAAACCUGGCGCAAAAUGAGCUUUAAAGCUCUCUGCCUUGCAUGUAAUUAAUUCGCAGGAUUUCAAACUGCUGGCUUUCAACCUUGUAAGGUUGAAAUCAUGCAAGUUAAUUGCACGCAAGACAAGAUUGUAUUGUACUGUGCAUCCACAGUAUAAAAAUAUGUAUGUUAACAGUUUCAGCAACAGAGCAAAUUUUUAUUCAGCAUUAGCUAGAGAUCAAACCGCAGCAACAGCCCCUUCCUAGUCCAAAGGUCCUUCUAAGCAAAGCGGUCUUCACUAGCCUAUGGAAAGCCCCCAGAGAACUAGCCAGUUGAGUCUUCUUAGGCAAUGAGAUCCACAGGGAGGGAGCCCACCACACAGACAACCGAAUUGCCUCAGGAUCUUGGGGUCAGCAGGUGAGGAGCGAAAGCUCUCCUUCAGGUAUCCCACUUUUGUCUCGGCCGAUCCAAAUAAGCAUGGCAUCUUAAUUUUACAGAUGUCUUUUUCCCCCCCUGCUCCUCUAGGGGAAAAAUGAGUCUAUCACUGUCGUGAAAGUCUUGAGCUGCUUUGAUGAUCUUGUUGCUGUUGGGACAGCUUCGGGCAAGAUUGCUAUUUUUCAGCUUGUCUCGUCCUUGCCAGGGAGAAAUAAACAAGUAAGAGCCAAACUUGGUUACAGCCUGUGAUGUUUCACAUUAAUUGUGUGAUUAGGUUAUUGUAUUUUAGUGUUUUGUUGGAAGCCGCCCAGAGUGGCUGGGGAAACCCAGCCAGAUGGGCGGGGUAUAAAUUCUUCUUCUUCUUCUUCUUCUUCUUCUUCUUCUUAUUCCGCUUCAGCUCAGUGGUAGAGCAGCUGCUUUGCAGUCUCCGCUGCCUGGUGGUACAUCUUUGGGAGAAGAAAAGACUCAGGAGUAAAUCCAGAGGGAAACCCAAAGACAAUUGGAUUCCUCCUUGUAUGCCUUUUUCCUGCAGCCAAGCUGGUGCCAAACGCCUUGCUUAGCUUUCCUUUUGACCGCAUCAGCGAGGUCUUGUCGUCUGGGCAGCCCAGGACCUCCAUACACACUGCCCAGGUUUGCAACCUGGGGAGGUCAUUUCAGUGCUGCUAACGCAGCAGUUUGGCUUCACCCCAGAGGUGCACUCCAUUGUCUCUCAAGACAGACGGAUGCCAAUAAUAUGUUAAAGCAGGGGUCAGCAGCCUAAGGCCUAUGGGCUGGAGGGAGCCCACGGAGGCUGUUUAACCAGCCCACAAGCCGCCCCCAAACCGAGCCGCCUGCUCAGCAAGUCCCCACUCACUGCGCUAAACCAGCACAGCGUGGUGCGCGGACUCUCUUCUGCGGCUCCGGAAAUUGGUUCUGCGCAUGCCCAGAUGCCGGAAAUUGCGUCUGUGCAUGUCCGCGGUGCCAAAAAUCGUUUCUGCACAUGUCCAGAGGCCGAAAAUCGCUUCUGCACAGGCGAGAUUUUAGGCAUCUGCUCAUGCACAGAAGCGAUUUCCGGCGCUGCAGACAUGCGCAUGUGCAAUUUCCGGCGUUGCGAUGUGCUGGCCCGGCCCACGGAGGAUCUCCGCGGGAGUGAUCCAGCCCAUGCCCAGUAAGCCUUGCCGACUCCUGUGUUAAAGUGUCAGUUGGGGCUUUUGUGACAUUGCAAUUUGCUGACUGCACAGAUUUUCCCCCCCAAUUUUUUUUAAUUGGUUUUCACAAAAUUAUAAACAAACAAACACAUAAAACAACAAACAUAGAUCAUAGCCUUAUUAAAAAUUACACUUAUUAACAUUGUUAAGUGACUUCCUUGCUUCCCCUUGGUUGAAUUUCAUUGCAUGUCCUUUUAACGGUUUUCCAAAUGGCUGACUGCACAGAUCUAUCUGGAAACGUGCGUGAGCAUUAAAAUGAAGUAGCAGGACUAAUAGAGAAGUGCCUUUGAUAGCUACAUCAAUGAAUAAACCCACCCACUGUAGGCCUUCUGCUUUCUGCUUGGUUUCUCCCGUAUGCUCACUGGUGUCUGUCUUUGCAGCUUCGGAGAUUUAACGUGUCUGGUAUCCACAAAAGUAGCAUCACAGCCUUGGCGUGGAGUCCCAAUGGAAUGAAAUUGUUCUCUGGAGAUGACAAAGGGAAAAUAGUGUAUUCUGCUUUGGAUCUGGAUCAGGUAAUUGGUUGUUUGCCCAAACCUUUGGUACCUGGGAUACAAAUAACAGUGGUACCUUGGUUCUCGAGCUAAUCAGUUCCAGGAGUCCGUUCGAUUCCCGAAACCAUUUGAAAACCAAGGCACGGCUUCCGAUUGGCUGCAGGAGCUCCCUGCACUCAAUCGGAAGCCGCAUUGGACGUUCGGCUUCUGAAAAACGUUUGCAAACCGGAACAUUCACUUCUGGGUUUGUGGCAUUUGGGAGCCGAUUAAUUCAGGAGCCAAGCCGUCCAAGGUACCACUGUAUUCAAAGCGUAUAUAAAAACUUUUCCUAUAGAUUAAAAUUGGAGAUGUAGAGAAGGUGGAGCCUAGGGGGCUGUAAGUAAGGGAGCAGUUACGUAAAAUUCUGCUGCUUGUGAGAUGGCAUUUAUUGAGGGUUUGUUCCCCUCCCGCCCUGACCACUAUCUGUAGUUGUUAUGUUUUCCCCAAAGCAUUUAUUUCCUUGAAUCCCUGUAGUGGGUGGUAUUGAUCUGCAAGACCUGGCGUCACAUCUUUGCUCAGUCAUGGGAUCAGUUGGUGGUCUUGAACAUUGCCUGCCUUUCAGCCUUGAGGUUUUUACCUGGAGAAAUAUCCUAAGCAGAAAGAAGCACUCCAAAAUGCUGUGACAUUAACUACGUGAAGUGAAUUCUAGUGGGUCCCCUACAAAUAGUCGAACGCUAGAUAAACCAGCUUUAACAUAAGCUUGCACAGACCACCCGGCAAGUUUAGACAACUUAACUUGAAAUAUGAUGGCUCUGUAUAUUCACACUACGUCCUUCCAGGGUCGUUGCAACUCCAGUUUGGUACUGGAAGAGCCUUCUUCAAUCGUGCAGCUGGAUUAUAGCCAGAAAGUGUUGCUGGUCUCCACAUUACAGCGAAGUCUGCUUUUUUACACUGAAGAAAAAUCUGUCAAGCAAGUUGGAAGCCAACCCAGAAAAAAGUAGGUCUUCUCGAUUUUUGCCCAGACAUUUAGAGAUGAGAUUUAAAUAAUGUAUAUAACUCUGUAUAAUUCUGCUAAGGUAUUUCAUGCACUGUUGCCCUCUUCUAAAGUUGUUAAUAAAAGAGUCAAAAUAGAUAAUUUGAAGUACUGUUCAUGUUUUUAUUCUUUUAAUCAUUCCAAUGGGGAAGGACUCUGCUGAAGUGAAAAUGUAAGAAGCUUCCAGCUAUUGGUGGGCAAGAAAUUAGUAUCCUGACCCUAUUUUGUUCCGUAAUUAUUUUCUCAUGAUUCCUGAGCUUAAGGGCUAACUUACAUUUCCUUGUUCAUUCACACAAUCCUCUCCCAGUAGUAGUAUUAUUAUUUCAUCCCAAACUCCCCAAACAGGUAGAAUCAUAGAAUCAUAGAGUUGGAAGAGACCACAAGGGCCAUCGAGUCCAACCCCCUGCCAAGCAGGUAGCGAAACAAAGGUUUUUAUGUGGCAUAGCUCUAAGAUGAACAUUCUUUUAGUGCAAGGAUUUUCCCUUGCUCAGUGGAACGUUCUCCCUUCUCUCUUGCCCACACACUACCACUAAAUCUGUUAGGAGUGUUCCCCCAAUCCUCCAGAGCAGACAGGAAACAGUGCAGGGCACACACAAGAGGGUAGGCAGAAUAAAAAUAAGCAAAGCUAUUUAUACCAAAUUUGCUAAUCCCUCUUUGUUUUCUUCAUACCCUUGCGUUUUGAGGAUUUAAAAUAUUUCCCAUCCAAGAAGAAGAAACAGCAAGUAUCUAUCCAGGUUGUGAACAGCCCUAACUGUGAGCCACAGUACUUCCACGUGCACCUAGUGUAAUGGUCAGUGGAUGCAUUGCACUGUGCUCUGGGACAAAUCUCUUGACUCCCAGAAACAGUGUUUAGGAAGACACCUAGGGUUGCAGCAAGAGGAAGAGGGGAUUGGAAAAAUCUCUGGAGCAUGCAUGGUAGACCAUUCAGAGCCCUUUGGCUUCCAGCACAUAUUUUUCUUUCUCAUGUAUUGCAUGUUGGUAACGCAGGUGGCGCUGUGGUCUAAACCACUGAGCCUCUUGGGCUUGCUGAUCGGAAGGUCGGCGGUUCAAAUCCCCACGACGGGGUGAGCUCCCGUUGCUCUGUCUCAGCUCCUGCCAGUCUAGCAGUUCAAAAGUAUGCCAAGGCAAGUAAAUAAACAGGUACUGCUGCGGUGGGAAGGUAAACGGUGCUUCUGUGCGCUCUGGCACUCAUCACGGUCCUCCGUGCGCCAGUAGCGGUUUAAUCAUGCUGGCCACAUCACCCGGAAAGCUGACUGUGGACAUGUGGACAAACGCCGGCUCCCUCGGCCUGAAAGCGAGAUGAGCGCCGCAACCCCAGAGUCGCCUUUGACUGCACUUAACCAUCCAGGGGUCCUUUACCUAUUAUUAUUAUUAUUAUUAUUAUUAUUAUUAUUAUUAUAAUAAUAAAAAAUAUGCUGCAAUUAUUUACUUGCAGCAUAAGAACCAUGUUUUCACUUACGCAGUUUGCUGCAAAGUUUUAUCAGUUUGCACUUGGAGACAAAAGAGUUUUAGCAUUCUUCAUCUUCCCAGUCCCACCACUCCCACCUCUGAGUAUAAUAACCACGUGGUUUGUUCAUUCUUCUGCUUUUACAUUUUUAGUACUGGCAAACUUGGAGCAUGUUUUGUACCCGGGCUGUGCAAGCAAAGCGACCUGACCCUGUUUGCUGCAAGGCCUGGGAUCCGCCUUUGGAAAUCGGAUGUUCAUGGGACUGUUCAGGCCACGUUUAUUUUGAAAGAUGUAUUUCCUGUUGGCAUGAAGCCUUUUGAAUUAUAUCCCCGACUGGAGCCCUUAAGCAACAGCAGCUGCAAUUUCCCAGACAGGCAACUUGGACUCAUUUCCUGCUUCUUCCAGGAAGGAUGGGUGCUGAGCUGGAAUGAAUAUAGCAUCUAUUUAAUAGAUACAGUAAACCAGGUGAGUCAAACCAAGAGAGCAGUAGCAUUUUAAGCUGGGCGUGAGUGGCCUUUAAUCUGGAACAGUUAAAUUACAUUGAUAUUAAGAGGUCUGUUAAAACUAUCUGAUCUGCACAAAUAGGACACAUGUUUAAUUUAUCCCUGACAUCUCCAGUUCAAAUGGUUUAGUAGCAGGUGAUGGGAAGGACUUUCUGCCUGACACCCUGCAAAACCAGAGUAGACAGUAUUGAGUUCGAUGGGUCUGACUCUGUACAGAUCAACUUCCUUUGUUCCUAUCUUAACAUGCUUUCUAGACAUAGAAUUGCUUAUGAUAAAGCAGUGACACUUCAUAUUAACUCACCUGCCAUGGAGCCACUUCACAUUGCAGAGGAAUUCUGGGGCAUGCUCUGAGAUGCACUGUCAAUUCAAACGGGGUGGCCUGUUGGUUGCCUGAGAUGAAAUUUGGAAGCAUCCCAAUACUUUCCCCUCUUUUUCCUUAGUGUUCUGUGUACAAGGGCUCAGGCCUGGAGCUGACAAGUAGCCUUGAACAUGAGCAUUUUGAGUGGCGUGGCAGGAUGCUGUAGGCAGGGUGAAAACGUCUAUUCUUUCCUAGAAAAAUCCUCGUAUAAUGCAGGGAAGAGUUGCUGCUUUUUAAACCCGCCCCCAUCUUGUUAUAAGCUGUUAAAGGGUUGAGCAGGUCAGUUCCCUCUCCUUUCCUCACUCCCUUCCAUUUCCAGUUCCUUUUCUUUCUCAGUUGACACUUCAAUGUUCAGUAAAUCCUGGACCUUCACAGGUCCUCCUCCUUCCAUUUUGAGCUCUUAGUUUUGUUUGUUUAAUUUGCAAACUUGCAUAUUUAGCAGUCCCAUUUCUCUUCCAAGCUGAUGACACGUUCAGCCACCCUAGCCUGCUAUUAAUGGGAAUCAUUUUGCACUUGGAUAUAAAGACCAUUGACAGUGAAUUCCAAAUAGGUCAUGCGAAUUAGUUGAGUUUAUACAAGUUACCUGCGUAUUCUUUCCCUUUAUCUCAAACAAGUCCUUUAAGGGCUUCUGCCAAUCUUUUGCUUCUUUGGGACUUGGAAGUGUCUAUGAUUGUGGUGUGAAGCUACAUUUCUUAAGCCAGGAGUGAAUUAUCACAAACAGAGCUACGUUUAUAAAACAUUUAUAGCUCAUUUCUGUUCUUAGCCAAGCUUUACAUGAGUCACGCUCUCCCCAAGCCUGCAUUCGUGCUUUCUUUCUUUUAGGACUGCUGUUUUGCUCCUUGAUUUGACUGUAUAAUAUUGCUUGCCAAAAAUAAAAUCAGGCCUCUGAAGUGUUGCUUGCAUCCUAAAAUGCUUCCUGGCACAUUCGUUGCUCAACUUUAACUUCUCUUGCUUUCACAGACCCUGAUUGGAAGUUUGGAAGGAUCUGGCGAUAUUGUGUCUGUAUCCUGCACAGAAACUGAGAUUUUUCUCUUAAAGGGAGACAGAGAUAUCAUUAGGAUCUCAAGCAGACCAGAAGGAUUGGUCUCAAUAGGUUUGCAUACAUUAGCAUACUAAGCUUAUAGUAAUUUUUUAAAAAAGAUUAUGUUAAUGCAUAGAUGAUUGCUUUAUUGCAAGGAGCUGUGUCUGGAGCUGUGCGUGCUUUGCUGCCACUGCCCUUUUUAUCCCUCAAAAAGUUACUCCUGGAGAUUGGUGGAGUUUCUGGAAUGGCAUGGAGUUAUGUGUGGGGAGGUGAAGGGGGCGGCUACACCUCAGGGUCAGGAUCAGUAGAAAUCGGAGACCAUCACUUGCAGAGUGGAAAUGCCUUUUUGAUAAUGGACUCCCUUGGGCUAAGACUAGCAAUAGGGAGCAGAUUUAAACUCUUAUCGGGUCGCUCAGCCUACAGAUUCUACUUCCUCUUGUUCUUGUCAUUAGAAUGGGCUGGAUAAAUCAUUGGAGAAUAGGGCUAUUGGUUUUAUUUUGGGCUGUCCUGUCUAGUAGCAGAUUACCUUUUGGAAGGCUACGACCAAGGUGUUCAGGGACAAAUGUUGGGACUAUCUUGCUGGUAAAAUGUCACUGUAGGACAAGAUGCCAUCCUAAUUAACCCAGAGCAACAUGCCAGGAUACAUUUGGGAGCCACGAACACAGGACACCUCUUGCAUGCCUCUCUCAGCAGCCAGAUGUCUCUUGACAAAUGUGCAAAGCUCCCAUUGAAGCAAAACAAACAAACCAGCCUUGCCCUAAUAUGAAUGUGGCUUUGUUUACUGCAUGCAAGUCUGUACCAAUGCAUCACAAUAAAUUCUGGCUUGCUUAGAAUGAUUUUUAGGACACAAUAAGGCACAGCUUUUAAAGAAAUGGUUUGAAUUUUCCUGAUAUUUUUUGUUGAAUUGCAGCCUUUUAAUGAGAUGUGUUUCAGUGGUAUCACUUUACUUCAACAGUUUGUUUGUUGUUAUUGUCAAAUUUAUCUUGGAAAACACAUGAAUAAAACCAUAUUUUUAUUUUGCUGUUUUGCAAACCCCUUGAUUGGACCAAAUCUGGUCAACCAUUCUAUUUCCAGUCAGACGUGUCUGUGAAAUUUGCAAGCAACACAUGAAGACAUUAGCCUUCUGCUGUCCGUCACCUAGCAAUCUGCUAUAUAUUUUGGAAAGUCGUUCGUUCUCUUUGCAUUCAGACAACUCUAAAGAUAUCAUAACCAGAUUUUGCAUGAUGUUUCCUGAGACCAAGGAGCAGAUUGCCUUCUGCUUGGAUACAUUUUGAGUCAAGUUGCUAGGCUGAAGCUUUGAAAACUGCAAUGAUCUCAACUACUAAUUUCAAAACAGCACUGAUUUUUUGUUGUUCUUCCUUAGAAUACGUAGUUGCUAGUCUGAUUGAUAGACUGGCUGCAUUCUCACAUUACACCAAACUAUAGUACAGUGUUCACAAGCUAGAACUAGCCCAAAGUUUACCCUCGGACAUGCAUGCUCCCCUUAUUCCUCUUGCAAGGCUGGGAGGGAGUGUUCAGUUCUAAUUUCAAAUAAUCCUGACUUAAUGUUACCUACAAACCAGGGAUCAUGGUUUAAAAGAAACUCUGGUUAGCUGAACAAACCAGCUUCAUAAACUGCGGUUUUAAGUUGGCUUGUUUGGAAACUGCAAUAAACAACUAUUUUGCUUUUAAAAGACAACUGAAGGUGGGCCUGUUUCGGGACGUUUUUAAUGUCUGAUUCUGUAUUGUUUUUAAUGUUCGGUUGAAAGCCACCCAGAGUGGCUGGGGAAACCCAGCCAAUUAGGUGGGGUAUAAAUAAAUUAUUAUUAUUAUUAUUAUUAUUAUUAUUAUUAUUAUAUCAUUCUUUGUGCUCCAAUUUCAGAUAGGAAUGGAAAACCGAUGAGCCCGCUAUCCGAUACGAGCCCCAAGUUACAGAGCCUGUACUCUGUUGCUGCGGUGUCUGUGUCGUCCGAACCUUCUCCAGAAGCAAGCCAAACGCGGAACAGCUUCUCUUCAUCCCAAACGCCUGGUGACAGGAAUGGCUCUGUCGCCAGAGCAGACCUGGAAGUGGCCCUGCUGACGGAGAGGAUCCGUUCCCAGAGCUUCAACGGGUUUGGGGACUUGAGCACCGACCCGAGAAGGCGGGGCUACUCAGUGGCCAGUGAGCCCAGGAGCAGGAGCACCUCGGUCAGCUCUGUGGGCAGCGGCUGCAGUUUUGUGACCAGUGGAGAACAGGCCUCAGUCCAAGUCCAGAAAGAAGGUCUGCUUUCUUCGCAGCGGUUCAGUGUGAUCAGUUCUGAAGACUUCAACCAGGAACUGGUCGUCAAGCCAAUCAAAGUGAAGAAGAAGAAAAAGAAAAGAUCUGGUAAAAAAAAUAUUAUUUUUUUAAUUUUUGCUUGGCGGUGAGUUUCUUACCCACCCUUAAGGUCCAGUUCUCUGAGCAGACAGAUUUGUAUACCGCCCUUCAUAGAUCUCGGGACAGUUCGCAACAUAAAAAUGCAAUAUAAAAAAACACAAAAUGCAUAAUGAUUUAUCGGCUACUUUUAAAAUGAGGCUGCAUUUUAAAUUGCAUUUUAAGCUGUAUUUUAAAUAGUUUCCCCCCAUUAUGUUUUUACUGUGAUUUUAUUGGUGUUCGCUGCCCUGAGCCCAACUCUGGCCAGGGAGGGCUGGAUAUAAAUAAAAUUUAUUAUUAUUAUUAUUAUUAUUAUUAUUAUUAUUAUUAAAACAGGAACAAAAAAACCACAAACCAAUAACCCCACUCCCCAUCAUGGUUUCACUGCUGUUCGAAGAUGAUAAGCAGUUUAGAGCAGGGAUGUCCAACCGGUCGACCGUGAUCGACAGGUCGAUCCCUGUUUUAUUGCGGUCAGUCAUAGGCUCUUUUUCCUCCAUGGGGGGUGGGAAGGAGCACCCGCCCCUGCCCCCUCAUUCUGUCCUUUAUUCACGCAUGAUUUCAAGAAUGGAAGACGGCAUUACUGCUGGUGGGACUACUACUACUACUAUUUUGAUGUUUGUCGUGCCUGUGCCGCCCCCCCCCCCCCCCCCCCGUGGCAGAACUAUUUGCUGUCCCCCAUAAAAAAAGCUCAACAGCUUUGUAAUUUUUUCCCGGGAGUAGAUCGCAGCUCUUGGGAGUUGGACGUCCCUGGUUUAGUGCAUUCAGAGUUUUGUAAUACUUAAAAUAACGCUUCAGUAUAAAUCAGUGUUACUUCUCCCUAUUGGAGAGUGGGGACAGAGGCUGAGAGAGAGGAUUUCCUCUUUGACAGCAGUGGGGUAGAGGUGACAUUCAAACCAGAAACUUCCUGAAUCACGGCUCAGUCCCUUGGCUACUACAACACAACAGUUAAGAUUGCGUUGAUGUUCUGCUUUGGUGGCAAGUUCUGCACUGCUGAAGUAGGUAGUUUGGCCUGCCAAUAUAUUCCUGGUUGGUCAAAUUCAGGAGCUUCAAACAGAUGGUUUCUUGUUUUUCGUUGGCCCUAGAAUGGCAUUCCCUUAAUUAACAAGCUUCUUUUCUCCCUUUCCUCCUCUCUGACCCUCGGCUUACCUAUUUCCCUCUCCCACCUUUCCCGACUAUGUGUGAGCUUAGAAAAUUCGAGAUACCUCUGCUCUCUGGAAAGCACACCGUCCUGUGAACGUCAAGACUUUGCUGACAGCCCUCAGUCUGUAAACGCGGACUCUUUCUCUAUUGAAUCUAGCCUCAUGGGCAGUUCUGAAGACCAGGAAAGUGUAUUCUGUAUUGAAUCCCAAAACGUGCCACAGGAGGAAAAUGGCUCUGAAACAUUCAGCGUCCUUCAGUCGCCAGAAUCGGUAGCUGCUCUGACACCGGAGGACGACGAUGCGCCAGAAGUCCUGAAAUGUUCCAACGGCGAGAGCGAAGUGGGCACAUCUCCUGGUAGGAGCUCCUUGGCUUCCGGUUCCCCCUUGCUUCUCGCAGAAGAUAAAGCGCUUAUCGAUGGCACUGAAUGUAAUUGGAGCUCUACGUCUGAACAAAACGAAAUCGUCUCAAAACCGCCAGCCCAGAAUGAAGAGAGUUGUUCUGUCCUGCAUAAAACAGAAGGCACUUUAGCUAAGUUAGGUGUUUUAGAUUCUCUGGAAGAGACAAAACCUGGGAAAGGGAUGUCUGGAGAUGUGAAAGCCAGCCUUAGUGCUGAGGACUCAUCUGGUCAGGAGGCGGGAGUUGAGACCCACAUGGAACAGAAGCAGCAGCUACCUCUAACGGACCCAGUCCCCGCCAGCCCCCUUCCUGCCCCUUUUAAAGAGGAGAUCGGUCUUCAAGAGAGUGCAUUACCCGGGCACGAUUUCAGGGAACCACUGACGGCUAACCACAAUGCUAGCGCUGCCAGUGAAUGGAUAACCAACACCUCUGAUGCCGCAGCUGAGAGAUCUGCAUCGAGUGAUGAAGAGGAUAUCUACAGGCAUGGUUUGCCUUACUCAUCCUCUGAGACGAGUGUGACAGAAAUGGGGGGCUGCCUCCUGCCCCAGGAAAAAGUCAGAACCAGCUUAGAUGAAGGAGCGCUUUUAAAGUCGGAUCAGGUAUGCGCUUAAAUACAAACUUGCAUCACACCCUAGAGCAGGCAUAGGCAAACUCUGGCCCUCCAGAUGUUUGAGACUACAGUUCCCAUCAUCACUGACCACUGGUCCUGUUACCUAGGGAUGAUGGGAAUUGUAGUCCUAAACAUCUGGAGGACCGGAGUUUGCCUAUGCCUGCCCCCGGCGUGAGUGGAAGGUCCUUGCGGACCCACCAGCCAUUUCCCCAUUGAUCUUCCCUCACUUCUGCUUCAGCCCUCCAAACCACAGUGUUCCCUGCAAUCCCCACAAGUGGAUUCGGGCAGGCGGGGAGAAAGAGAGGAGAAGCAGGAAAGCCGUAUUGCACUCCACGUGUGUUUCUUCUUAAUCCAGUCCGUAUUUUAUUACAUCUUUAAAAUGAAGCACAGUAUUUAGGAUAUUGGGGCCAGUCUCUUACGAGCCAAUGCCCACAAGCUGACUUUCCAGAAUACUGGCUUUCCAGAAGCUGUAUUUUUUUAAAAAAACAAAACAGGUUUCAACAACUAGAAACUGCAAAUAUGCUUUUGUUUGGUUUACAGAAGUAGGAAGAGAGCCAUGGGACACGGGGCGAUUGGUAUGAAGGAGAAGACGGUUGCAGUGUAGGAAAGAGCAAUUACCCCUUUAUUUCUGGCCACUUAAAUUUAUUACACCAAGCCAAUUUAUGCCUGAAACUUCCGCACAGAGCAUCCAUACCCUAUCAGACUUUACCUGCCUCUGGUCAGCAUGAGAAAUGUACUUUUGGAUUCACAUCUAGGAGCCAUCAUUCCAGUGUCUAGGAAUUAAUGGUGUUUUCCUGGCUGUGAAACUCUCUAGAAAUCCCACCAUAACUAUCAAAACAGUUACCAGGGUGGGUGAUUAAGCUGAGAAAACUCACAUUGGAUAUAACUAAAUAAAUUUCUGGAGACUGUGUUGUGUAAUGUUUGUCUUGCAGAAAUCAAAUGAUCCUCCUUCUUUUUUAAUGGAGCAUUUCAAGAAGAUACAAUGAAUGCAUUCACCCCUCCCUUUUCGUAACGUCGAAGUUUGUCCGAUUUCUCGCACCGAUAAAGAUACCUCACCUGCAUUCUAACUCUCCAGUCUUUAGUUUGCAGAAAGCUGGAUGGGCUACGCAGGUCCUGGCUAUGGAAUACUGAGCCUGGUUGUCUCUGAAAAAUACAUUUGGUGCCUGGACUACAAAGGUGGCCUGUACUGCAGUGCUUUACCUAGUGCUGGUUUGCGAUGGCAGAAGUUUGAAGAUAAUGUCCAGCAGGUGGCAGUCUCUCCUUCAGGUUGGUUAGCCUGCCAUUCUUUUCAUCACCAUCAUCACCAUCAUCAUCAUUUUGCCUUCUGUACUCGGUUGGGGGGGGGGGUGGCUUCUGCAACUCUGCUGCAAAAGCCUCGUUGCAGCUUCCCUCUGUUUGAUUAAACUUCGUUUGCCUUUUCUUAUAUACAGAGAUCAUUCUUCCCGCAGACAAGGUCCAUGCGCGACCCUUGAAAUGAUUAUGAGCAACUUACAGAUCUCGGUGCAAGGGACGCGGGUGGCGCUGUGGGUUAAACCACAGAGCCUAGGACUUGCCGAUCCGAAGGUCGGCGGUUCGAAUCCCUGCGAUGGGGUGAGCUCCCCUUGUUCAGUCCCAGCUCCUGCCCACCUAGCAGUUCGAAAGCACGUCAAAGUGCAAGUAGAUAAAUAGGUACCACUCCGGCGGGAAGGUAAACAGCAUUUCCGUGCGCUGCUCUGGUUCGCCAGAAGCGGCUUAGUCAUGCUGGCCACAUGACCCGGAAGCUGCACGCUGGCUCCCUCGGCCUAUAGAGCGAGAUGAGCACCGCAACCCCAGAGUCGGUCACGACUGGACCUAAUGGUCAGGGGUGCCUUUACCUUUGCCUUUACAGAUCUCGGUAGCAGAACCAGUGCACUUCUGGUGCAUACUUCUAGAGGCCAGAAUUACGUUUGGAGCUGAGGUUAAUAGUCUGUUGCGUUAGUACAGAAAACAAAAGGCUGAGGGUAUCUGGUUGCAUGUUGCAGAAAAGCAGUCAAGCUUCCCUGAACUGUUCCACCAUAGGCUGCAAAUGGGCUGGUUAGGUUACAUGUUUCAGUGAUAAGAAGCCUGUUGGGUUGAAAUAUAACCUUCCCCUGGCAGGCUAGUACUCUCGCGUGGAGGGAUGAUUUUUUGCCAGGUGGAGAAGAACAUUUGGACAAACCCCCUCCAUGCACACCCAGCCUGAAGUGUAGUCUCGAAAAAGCGUUUUAUCAGUUCUCCUGAUUGUAUGUUCUGACUCUCCUACCUGCCCCUUAAGCUGUGCCUGAUUUUCUGUGACAAUUCUGUUCAACGUCUUUGGAAUUUUAGCAGUAUAAUACUACAGGGGGGCAAUGCUGGCUUAUUUUAUUUUUUUACCAGGGCUUACCAGGCAGCUCUCAGUUCAAAUAAAAACCUAGUCCACCUCAAACAAUUGUAAAAUAAUACGAUAAUGGUCUAAGUACUAAAAGCAGUGUGCCUUCUAAUGGUUUUAAGACCUUUGGGGGACAUUUCCAGCAAAACAUUUUGCAUCCACAGGGUGGAUAAUGAAAUUAUUCCAGUAACACAAGCGCAGAGUUAUACAGGCACAUCUUCAGUAGCGGGUCCUGUGAACUACCCCUGUGAAGGCCUUUGGGCCCUGCUUAAAGGAAAACCUUGCAAGCAACUUCUGUGGUUGUGCUGUCCAUAAAAAUGCUCUUUGCCAGUAUGUCAUUGCGGUGAGCUCCCGUUGUUCUGUCCCAGCUCCUGCCAACCUAGCAGUUUGAAAGCACACCAGUGCAAGUAGCUAAAUAGGUACCACUAUAGCGGGAAGGUAAACAGUGUUUCUGUGUGCUCUGGUUUCUGUCACGGUGUUCCGUUGCGCCAGAAGCUGUUUAGUCAUGUUGGCCACAUGACCUGGAAAGCUGUCUGUGGACAAAUGCCGGCUCCCUCGGCCUGAUAUUUGCUUUUGACUGGACUUAACCAUCCAGGGGUCCUAUAUAUAUACAGUGGUACCUCGGUUUAUGAACUUAAUUGGUUCCAGAAGUCUGUUCUUAAACCAAAGCCAUUCUGAAACUGAGGCGUGCUUUCUCUAAUGAGGCCUUCUGCUGCCGGUGCCCUUCCACCGUUCAGCUUCAGUUUGUAGACUGAGGUAAAUUUUGCUAACCAGAACACUACUUCCGGUUCUGAGGAGUUCGUAUACCGAACAGAUCGUAAACAGGCCUGUUCUUAAACCGAGGUACCACUGUAUAUUCCAUGAAAGUAGGUCUUUCAAGCUUUAAAAUGACUGUAACUAACGAAUAAAAUUGGAGCGCCUAAGAAGGUCCAGAGGUGUUCCCUUGCGCUAAACAUGAUUCAUCUGACUGAUGUGAGGCUCCUUCCUCAGGGACUCUUCUGUGGAAGGUUGAGCACAAAACCAAUAAAGCCUUUGCCUGUGGAAAAGUGACUAUUAAAGGAAAGCGUCACUGGUACGAAGCUUUGCCUGAGACAGCGUUUGUAUCUUUGAGUGAUGACACUGCCUGGAUUAUCCGAACAAACGGCGAUCUAUACCUGCAGACAGGUACCUUAGUUACUUGCUUUUUUGCUUCUUCUAGGGUGGUGGUGUUUCCCCCUCCGCCCCCCCAAAAAAGUGCAUUUUGGGAGAACCCUCUGGUUCUUUGGAAACUUCUCAAGGUUGUUACGAAGUAAAGCAGACAAUUUUCCUGCCAUUUCCCAUCCUCCUUCACCCCCUCCCCUUGCCAAGGCACAUCAUGACUCAAGUUAUUGAAAGCAGUGUUAUCGGAGGGCGCAGAUAAAUGUAGAUUUUUUUUAAAAAAAAACUUUUUUUUAAUGGUAAAUGUCACACAAGCAAAUAAGUAAGGAAGAUCAGUAGUAUUUAUUUAUUUAUUUAUUUAAAAACUUCAUUACCUGCUGGCAUUAACCAUAAGAAUAUUCCAUCAGUCCUGAUUAAAAUGUAUACAUUCAUAUAGAAAGUCCAAAUGUCUAAAGAGGUAUCUAAAAGAAAGGGAUGAUUGUGAGUCAUGCAUUCAUAUGUAAAAGGUGUAAGAUCUUCAGGCCACCGGGCGAUAGACGUUUUACAGCAGAAGUCUCUUAGGCACUGUAGAGGCUUGCAGAACCCACUUUCGUUGCCCACAGGAAUAUGAUUUAAGAGUGUGCGAACAUCCACAGAUAUCAAGGCUUUUUUCAGAAUGACAUUGAUAAGAGCAGUAAUUUCUGACCAGGAAGAAAACACCACAGGCCGUUCCCGGAAUGGAAUGUGCUAAGAGAGCACACUGUGAGCUUAAAGCAUGGCCAUAAUAACCACAGGAAGAUAAUUUAUGAACCCUGAAGGUGAGCACCGUAAGCAUAAAAAGUGAGUUAAUGCAAUUUAUUUCUACUCUGUAUUUUACUUGAAGGCCUGAGUGUGGAUCGUCCCUGUGCCAGAGCAGUAAAAGUGGACUGUCCCUAUCCGCUCUCGCAGGUCACAGCCAGAAAUAAUGUUGUCUGGGCAUUAACUGAGCAUCGUGCGCUUCUGUACCGCGAGGGGGUAAGCAGCUUCUGCCCUGAAGGGGAGCAGUGGAAAUGCGAUGUCAUCAGGUAAGCAGUGUUUAAUCAGCAGGUAUGUUCUGUAAUAGAUGUUCCCUGAUCUUGCAACACCUUAGUUUGGAUUUACACAUCGUUCGAAGGGAGCAUUGCAUCACGCGAGAAGGCCAGUUUCCUAAUCGGGGCAGUAGGUUUCAUUGACCUUGCGUUACAUUGCGCUCUGUUCUGAAACUGCACAAGAGGCUGAAAAGCAGAAGUUGUAUCAGCUGGCAUUUAAUAUUGCACAAUUUGAUAACAGCUGUUCAUUUAUGUGGUCAUGUUCCACCGAGUACUAAAAGCUGCUUUGAUUUACCUUCUUAGACGCAGGGCUGUGCGUUUUGAGGUGUUGGGUGGUGUAUGCACUGUGGAAGCUCAGCCAAGAGAUCAAGCUCACCACAGAAAACAGCUAUUUAGCAGAUUGUCUUUACAAGGCCAACUCCAGCAAACAGUUCAGUUGCUUGCAAAGUCCCGCAACUGAUAGAGUUCUCUGAGUUCUGAAGUCUGGAAAAUUUCCAAGUCCUUCCUCAGUACGAUCUCCUCUGAAUGCCUUCCCUUGGAUCCACGGUUCCAACAGAUAGCCUUGACAGUUCCUGCGAUCUCUUACCGUGACCCACACAAUAUGCUGCAACCUGAGCCAUACAUAUAUAUACUGUAUUUUUUGCUCUAUAAGACUCACUUUUUCCCUCCUAAAAAGUAAGGGGAAAUGUGUGUGCGUCUUAUGGAGCGAAUGCAGGCUGCGCAGCUAUCCCAGAAGCCAGAACAACAAGAGGGAUCGCUGCUUUCACUGCGCAGCGAUUCCUAUUGCUGUUCUGGCUUCUGGAAUUCAGAAUAUUUUUUUUCUUGUUUUCCUCCAAAAACUAGGUGCGUCUUGUGGUCUGGAGCAAAAAAUACAGUAUAUAGAGAGAGAGUUGUGUGCAAGGCUAAAACAAUAGCAUUCUACUGAACCUUUUUAACUUCCAAUUCACAGAGCUGUAAAUAAGUAAAUCAGAAAAAUUGGCAGGGCAUGGUACGGGCUGUAUAUUUGGGGAGGGUGGAAACACUUGUGUGCAAAUGUGUUGUGACUUUUGUUCGUUUUUGCAGUGAAAUGCAAGCUCUAGAGCCGGUGUGUGUGACUCUUGGAGACCAGCAGACCAUAUGGGUUUUAGACAUCCAUGGCAAUCUGUGGUUCAGAACGGGUGUUGUUUCCAAGAAACCACAAGGGGAUGAUAACCACUGGUGGCAAGUAGGCAUUCCUUCUUCUACUUUCAGUAAAUGCAGAGGGCAAAAUACAUACUUUGCAUGUGUAAGGUCCCUGAUGCAACCUGACCUAAAGGAUCUUGGAUCUGAGAAAAGCCUUUGCAUGAGACCUUGGAGAGCCACUACUGAUCAGAUGCUGGUCCGGUUUGCAUGUCAUGCUUAAGCCAAGCAUGAGAAGAGAUCGUGGACACUUUGAUCCUCCUCCGGUCCUGCUGCUCCCCCCUCCUGUCACAGUGCUGUUUGUUGAACCGUAGUUUGGCUUAGCCAGUCGUUCAAACCCAUGCUCUUGGUAUGCCCCACUGCAGACAAGCCACGAGGUGUAACCAUGGUUUGUUCUUGAUUUACAGCUCAUGGUUUGUUUGCAGGAAACAAAACCGCAAGCCUGGGGUCAGAUGACACACUAAGCCAUGUAUGUCCAGUGCAUCAAUUACGAUUGACUUGUAGAUCGCGCGAUGGAUCUUCGUCUAAAUCACCCUGCUUUACCCGACGUCCAGUCAGCUGGCCAGCCCAGAAAGGUGCGAGGCACCUCCCUCCCCCCCAAGCCUCAGCCCCGGGCAGGGAGGCAAAGAUGAGGUGUGGGUGCAGCUGUGGAGGUGCUCAGUCAGCUGGCCAGCCGGAAAAGGGAGCCAAGGGAAGGGCAGAGAGACAGUGACAUCCCUCUCCCCACUCCCGCCAGUUCCCAUGGGAAGAAAACACCCUCUCCCUCUUAGUUAUGCCUGGAUGCUGAACUUUCCUCACCUUUCCAGCUCCAGCCUAGCUGUGUUUACGCAGAAGUGAGCUGCUGCCCCCCUCCCUCCCCAAGGAGCUCUUCGUCGGUACAGGGGCAAUUGGUCAUUUUGGGGCAUGUUGCUUUCCCACGUGCACCAAGAGCCCUGGGAAGGGGCUGGUGUAGGGGUAAUAAUUUGUAAUUAUUUUUAUUAUCAUCAUCAUCAUAAUUUAUUAUUUAUACCCUGCCCAUCUGGCUGGGUUCCCCCACCCAAAUAUAAUAUGUUUAAGUUGAAGAAUGACUGUGGGAGAGCGUGGUACAUCACUGCCAGAUUUUGAUACUUGAUGGUGGAUCGCAACCUAUUAGAAUUUGGACGUGCCUGCGCUAAGCUAAACCAUGGCUUAGCACACCACAGCAACAGGACUGGAGGAGGAGAAUAAUAAUAAUAAUAAUAAUAAUAAUAAUAAUAAUUUAUUAUUUGUACCCUGCCCAUCUGGCUGGGUUUCCCCAGCCACUCUGGGCGGCUUCCAUAGAAAUCAAAAAACACUAAAAUAUCAUACAUUAAAAACUUCCCUGAACAGGGCUGCCUUAAGAUGUCUUCUGAAUGUCAGGUAGUUGUUUAUCUGUCUGCUCUCCAGGAGCCUGCUGUUCACAGUAAGGUCACAACCACACCAUACAUAUAAAGAACUCUUAUUCAUGGCUUCCCUCAAAGCAUCCUGGCUGAGGAAGCCCCGUCCCAGAGAAAGUGUCUCUGGUGGCACAGGGGCUGGUGCUCAGCAGCCACUUCUGACAUUUUUGACUCGCUUUGAGUUUGUAUAGAACUGUAUUACUUAUAUGACAAAUUUGUUUUCUGUGUUAUUUAUAUGCUGUUGUGCUUUUGAUGUGACUAUAGCGAUUGUAACGUUUGCUCAUUUUUAAGGUGGUUAUUGUUGAGCUGCUCAACAUAGUUGUUGGGAAAUUGAAGUACUACAAAAAUAGAGUCAAAUUAAAAACAAUCCGAUCAGCCCUGGGAACUGCAGGGUCUCCUUGCAAUUCUUGGCUCCCUUAACAAACUAUAGUUCCCCAGGAUUCUCGGGGGGGGGGGGGAGAGCCAUGACUGUUAAAGUUGUUUUUGCAGGGAUUGUAGUGUGGAACUGCCAACAGACAUGGCUUUAUAUAUGACUUCUCUUAUAGGUUAGUUCCUAAACGCAAGAUAAAGGAGUCUAUCUGGUCCUGUUCCCAUUAGAGCCACUGAAGAAAAAAUAGAGAUAAAGAACUAAACUCACAUUUAUCUUGCUAAGUGAGGUAUCUGAGCUUCUUCCUUUUGCUAGUCGCAGUGUUCUCACAAACCUUCACUAAUCUCCAGCUGUGGAGUGAGACAAAUGUUACUGCUUCCCCUUUGCAAAAUAUCAGCCCUGUUACUUGGAUUUUCUUGUCAGGUGUAGGGUUUUCUCCCUACUCCCCCCCCCCCCCCGUUGUUUUUGCACAUACUUUCUCAAAAGGAACAGCUUGGCUGCUUGCCUUUGAUGUAGCAACCAACCCUUCCAAACGAACUGAGGUGCCCCUUUGCAGUUUUCACUAAUCUACACAUUGUUCUGCUAGGAUAUUUCAGAGCCACCUAAUUUUUUGAUUAACAGCACUCCAGAUUGGAGAUCUACAGUGCUUGUUUCUUUGUCACCUCUCUGGUUCCGAAGCAUAAAACCAAAAUGCAUAAAACUAAAAACAGCUUCAAGAGCGUGGCAAGCAGAAUUCAGUAUUACACAAACUGCCUCCUGCCCGUACUCACUAUUUGUUGUUGCCAGUAGCCAGAAUAACUGCAAAUAUUCAGGAAGGGCAAUAACCCGAUUGUACAUCAUAUGCGGGUGGCGCUGUGGUCUAAACCACAGAGCCUAGGGCUUGCUGAUCAGAAGGUCGGCGGUUCGAAUCCCCGUGACGGGGUGAGCUCCCGUUGCUCGGUCCCUGCUCCUGCCAACCUAGCAGUUCGAAAGCACGUCAAAGUGCAAGUAGAUAAAUAGGUACCACUCCGGCGGGAAGGUAAAUGGCGUUUCUGUGUGCUGCUCUGGUUCUCCAGAAGUGGCUUAGUCCUGCUGGCCACAUGACCCAGAAGCUGUCUGCGGACAAACGCCGGCUCCCUCGGCCUAUAGAGUGAGAUGAGCGCCGCAACCCCAGAGUCGUUUGCGACUGGACCUAAUGGUCAGGGGUCCUUUUAUCUUUAUGCUUUGCAUGUAGAAGGUCCCGGGCUUAAUCCUCUGCAUUUCCAGAUGGGGCUGGGCGAGACCCCCACCUGAAACUCUGGAGAGCCGUUACCAGUCAGUGUAGACCAGUCUUCAACCUGGGUUCCCAGAUGUUCUUGGAGUAGCACACUCAUAUUCCACGGCCAGCUGAGCCCAUUGGGUGAGGGAUGAUGGGAGUUGUAGUCCAUCAACAUCUAGGAAGCCAAUAUUGAAGAACACUAGGUAGGCAGCUUCCUAUGUUUCUGUUGGACACAAUGCAGACAAAGUGAGGGUGGCCUUUGGUUUGGACUCAGUCUGGCCCUUAUGUUUCCCUCCCCUUAUGGUUUUGAUCUAUGGGCUACUAUUAAAAUGAGGCUGUAUUUUAAAUUUUAUUUCUAACCUGUAUUUUAAAUUGGUGUCCGUCCGUCCCCCCCUUAUUAUGUUUUUAUUGUAAUUUUACUGGUGUUAGCCGCCCUGAGCCCGGCUCUGGCCUGGGAGGGUGGGGUAUAAAUAAAUUAUUAUUAUUAUUAUUAUUAUUAUUAUUAUUAUUAUUAAAAAGUCCCGCUGAUUUCAAAUGUCGAUUUUUCUCCUCUUGAAAUCAGAGAGACUCACAAACCUCAUUGAUAAUACAUUGGGACUUUGCCUAUUAUCCAGUCUUAUCUUUCUCUUUCGCUGACCUGGUUCUUUCCGUACAUUUCCCCCCCAGGUAAGCAUUACGGAUUACGUAGUGUUUGACCAGAGCAGCCUUUUCCAGACCAUCAUCCAGGCAACCCAGACAGUAGCCACAGCAGCUCAGGCCCCUGUCGAGAAGGUGGCAGACAAACUCCGCACGGCUUUCUGGCCACAGCCGCUUCAGUGUCAGCCGAGUCUUCUUGCCGUCAGCAGCGGCGGCGUCUGGAUCUCGUCAGGGAAGAACGAGUUUCACGUAGCGAAGGGAAACCUCGUAGGUAGGCGCGCUUUUGGUUGCUGGCUUCUGUUUGCAAAAGGCGAAGCCAGGCGGUUUGUCCACAUUAAGCAGCACAACAGUGUGACUUCAUUCAUACCAACUGCUUAGAAAUGGAAGACUCCCUGAACCUCCCAUGGCAGCAGAGCGUGAGACUCUUAAUCUCAGGGUUGUGGGUUUGAACCCCACAUUGGGCGAAUGAUUCCUGCAUUGCAGAGCGUUUGACUAGAGGACCUUCAAUGUCCCUUCCAACACUAAAGUUCUGUGAGAAACGGUGGUCAACCUCUUUGGUAAUUCUGCCAUUCAAAAGUGGGCAAAAGCAGAAGCUUUUCUGAAGCUUUUCAGAAGCUUUUCACCAUAUUCUGAGUAAUACAUAUUUUUGGAAACAUCACCUUGAGUGGAAACUCUACUCCAUAUCCACAGCAAUUUUCAUUAUAUGAGAGAGAUGAAUGCAUAGAUGAUGGUGAUGAUGAAUAUUAUGACAAAUAAUAAUAUUGACUAAUAAUAAUAAUAUGACAAAUAAUAUUAGUCACUUUUUUUUCAGAAAGGAGAACUCAGAGCAACUUACAAAAGCAAAUAAAGAUGUUUCUGCCUGGCACCUAAAAACAGAUAGUGAUGGUGAUGCCAAGUGUGCCUCACAGAGCAUUCCACAAACAGGGGGCCAUCCCUGAGAAGGCCUGCUCUCACACCUCCCUUGGAGGGAAGGGCCUAAGAUGAGAAUUCCAUGGUGUACAGAAUAAAAACUUGGAGCAGGAAUCUCAGGAGCACCAGAAGAGUUUGGGAGAAAGCUGGCUGUUUCCAUGCUAAGACUAUUCUUCCUUCCUUCUCCAGGUACUUAUUGGAAUAACGUCGUGCCUCGCGGCACUGCUUCGGCCACAAAAUGGGCGUUUGCGUUGGCUUCCGCAGCUCCAGCAAAAGAAGGUAACGUCUAUCCCGGGGCUGCCUUGCCUUGCUUUUUCUGACACACCGGCGAAAGAUAACAAGCUCUUUGCAUCAAUAUACUCCAUCCAUUGAUAUCGGCAGGUUUUUCUAAGGGCAUUAAUGUGUACUGGACACAGGGGCGGAGGAAGGGGGUGCGAUGGGGGUGGGCCGUCCCAGGGGUAAAUACUGAGGGGGGGGUGACAAAAUGCCGGGCGGCACUCAACACGGAGCCUGCUUCGAAACGGUCCGCCUGCCACCUCCCCCUCAGCUGUAGUGUGGCUGAGUGGGAGGAGGCAGGCAGACUCCUCGGAGGCCUGUGGAGCGGUUUGCCCCAGCUCGCCCCGCCCUGUGAGCGGCUGGCCCUGCCCCUAGGCACCGAGCACGUGACCGCCCCAGGCGCCCAAUCGGCUUCGUCCGCCUCUGACUGGGAGGGCCUUGCAGAGCCAGGCAGAGGCCCGGGCCAGGUAGAUAAUGUGGCCCCCCCUUUUUUUUUUACCCUUGGGAUAAUUGAAGUCUAAUAAAUAAGUAAGUAUAUAAACAAUUUUCACAAAAGUUAUGCUGACAUAUAAUUUUAUUUCAAGGCUUGAACCGUAUCUGCAUAAAAAGACAAAAUGGAAAAUACAAUAGUGCUUUUUAAAAAUACACAGGGGAAAGGAUUAUUUUAAGUAUUUACAUUUAAAAUGCUUUCCUAGUUUUCUUUUCUGCAAAUUCUUGAAUUACGCAGGAAAAAUCAAGCAACUUCGCCUUAUCGUGGUUUAUGUUUAUCAUUGCGAUAAGAAAGCCAACACACUUAUCUUUAAGAUAUGUGUGGUUUUAAUUUAUUGAAACAAGAUUUCAAACAAAAACUCACCAACUUUUAACAGCAUCAAAAACAUGGUCCACCAUCACGUUUGCGGCGCACUGGCCGCUGGAGCCUUAGUCGCCUCCACCCACCCGGCGCCCGUUCCGCACUCCUCUGCAGAGCUGAUCGCAGGCCCCACCCCAGACGCCAGGGAAACUUUUCUCUUGUGCUGCCAGCCAGCCAUGGCCCCAGGGAAUCUGCCCACCACCGCCACUGCCUUUGCGCCUCCGCAUUUGCCCCAGUGCAUCCCCUGCGAUUGUGAAUAUGCAGACUGAGGCCCCCUUUGGAAUCGGAGGCUCGGGCCAAGUGGCCCAUAUGGCCCCCCCUCUGUCUGGGCCUGCUGACUGGACAGAAAGGAAGGGCAGACCUGAAGAAUGGCUUCUAACCCCAUGGCUUAGCCUUUGCUCUGCACUGCGGCACAAGUAGGAAAAAGAGCGCAGGUCACCCUAGCCAGUCCCAUAAAUAAUCAUUAAUGUGGGCAGUUAAGAUUUAAGGUUCACAAACAAUUAACAAAAAUGAAGCAUUAAAAGUGUGUGGUCUACUUUCGGUUCACACACACAGACAGACAGACACACGGUAUUAAUUGCGCUCACUUAAGCCAAACGAAGUCUGCAUCUUUGAUUUUCACAUUCCCGUGUUCCUUUGGUGGUUAAGCUGGUGCCUUGUCUGCACUGCAACAGUUCUUUUGGUUGUGUGAUGGAGUAACCCUGAGCAGAGAAGGGCAGGAGGGAUGUUCCACCACUUUCCAAAACCUCGCUGGCUUGCACCAGCCAGAGCAGGAGCUGUGUUGUAUGUGGCGUGGGUGUUUUCCCUUCAGCCCUGAUGAUUAGCAUGUGUUUAAUUCCAUCACUCCCAUUAUUGAAACCAACAGAGCAUUGGUGAGAUUAUUCACAGCAGCUCCAAGCUGGCAGAGCUAGUGAGCCUAAUUGCGGGUUCUCUCAGAGGAACAAAAGAGUUUUUGGAUCCAAGGCUGCCCAGAAUGCAUUGCUUCAGAAAUUAGCACUGGCUAGUGCUGGCUGAAAUACAGGCAGUGGUAGAUCUGGACCCAGAGUUUUCUGCAGAUGUUGCAGGGGCUUCUGCCACAGUUGCAUAGGGUGGAGGACAGAGGGAUACUACAAUUAUUAAACCAUCGGUGGAGAGGCACUUCUUCCCCAUCCUAACUCAUUUCAGCCAGUGGUUAGGAUUGUUUGAGGGCAGUGCUGAUAUGCCAAGAGUUCCUGGCUGAUUAAGCAGCAUAGGAAAUUGUCUUCUCCUGAAUCAGACAGUCAAGCCCACUAUUGUCACACAGCGUGGCAGUUCCAGGCAGGGUCUGUGCUUGGCCUGGAGAUGCCAGGAAUCUCCUGCAUGCAAAGCAUGAUGAUGAUGAUGAUGAUGAUGUAAAGGUACCCCUGACCGUUAGGUCCAGUCAUGGACAACUCUGUGGUUGCGCGCUCAUCUCGCUGUAUAGGCUGAGGGAGCGGCGUUUGUCCACAGUCAGCUUCCAGGUCAUGUGGCCAGCAUGACUAAGCCGCUUCUGGCAAACCAGAGCAGCGCAUGGAAACGCCUUUUACCUUCCCGUCAGAGCAGUACCUAUUUAUCUACUUGCACUUUGACGUGCUUUCGAACUGCUAGGUGGGCAGGAGCUGGGACUGAACAAUGGGAGCUCACCCCGUUGUGUGGAUUCGAACCGCUGACCUUCUGAUCAGCAAGCCCUAGGCUCUCUGGUUUAGACCACAGCACCACCCGCAUCCCUUACUGACUUACUUACUUAGUUAUUUAUUUAUUCAUACAUACAUACCCCGCCGAUCUGGCUAGAUCAAACACUAAAAACUUCCCUAAACAGGACUGCUUUCAGAUGUCUUCUAAGAUAGCUGCUUAUUUCCUUCACAUCCACAGGGCGGGCGCCGCUACCGAGAAGGCCCUCUGUCUGGUUCCCUGUAACCUCACUUCUCGCAGGGAGGGAGCCUCCAGAAGGCCGUCAGAGUUGGACCUCAUUGUCCGGGUUGAACAAUGGGGGUGGAGAUGCUCCUUCAGGUGCAUUAGCUCCCUGAGCAACUCUGGAAAACUCAUUGUGUGUGUUGAUUUGCCAGACAUAAAAAAACCUCGCUUCCAGUAAAUGGUCUUGUGUAAAACAUAUAGCAUGAAAUGAAGCAAGUACAUACUUAAACUGUGGAGCUCCCUACCCCAAGAUCUGGUGAUAGCCACGAACUUGGAUGGCUUCGAAAGGAGGUUGGACAAAUUCAUGGAGGAUAAGGCCACCAGUGGUUACUAACUGUAGUAGCUCUACAUUACCUCCAGGACCAAAAGCAGCACGUCUCUGAAUACCAGUUACUGGGGAGCAGCAGUACAGCAGCAAAAGGGUAUUUCUUUAUGUCUGCUUCUUGGCUUCCUGAACUUGGAUGGGCCUUUGGAAUGAUCCAGCAAGACUCUUACAUUACUAAGCAGCUAUCUUUCAGCCUCAGCCUUCCCAUCUGCAUUAUGGGGAUAAUGCUGUCCUACCGUACAGGGCUAUUUUGCCAAGAUACUGUAAAAUUUAUAUAGUGCUUGACUGUGUUAAAAGCAUUGAAGCAAAGUUUAUUGAGCGCACAGUAGAAAUAGUACUAAUACAGUCAUACCUCUUGUUAUGUUCGGUUCAGGUUAUGUUUUUUCAGGUUGCGUCCCGCGGCGACCUGGAAGUAACGUAACGGGUUACUUCCGGGUUUCGCUUCUCACGCAUGCACAGACGCUCAAAAUGACGUCGCAUGCAUGCGCAGAAGCGGCGAAUCGCAGCAUGCGCAGAUGCGGGUUGCGUUCUGCUCAUGUUGUGAACGGGGCAAUUAUUUUCUACAUUCAAUCUAGGUUUGAAUACUGAUACUUAGACACUGAAUGGUUUUGUAACGGCAAAGGCUUCUGGAAAAUCAGAUUUAACCCUGAAAGUGUUGUCCCUCCCACAGGAAGCUUUCUGUGGUUGUGCCAAAGCAACAAGGAUCUCUUUUGUGUCAGUGACCAAAACCCGCAGUUUCAUCCUUCGACUGUUCAGCUACCCCCCGAUGACGAAAUAGAAUACUAUUCAGCCUGCCAGGAUGCCAUAUGGAGCCUGAACCACCUGGGACGAGUCUUCAUAAGGACACUCUCGCCAAAUUGCCCAACUGGGAUGCACUGGACCAGACUGGACCUUGCCCAGUUAGGUAAGACUCCUUGUGAGCUCAUUUGUCACAUGCAAAUUUCCCGACUUAAACACAGACUGACGGGGAGCAUUUCCUCUGCAUACCUGGUGAGUAUUUGAACACAAAAUUGCUCUGACCUGUGAAACCUAUGUUUAAAGCAUUAAACAUGGACAUAUUCUGGUAGCUUGGCUUCAUAGAAUUCUUUGCUAUCUUAAUAUCAGAGAAAGGGUAGGACAGAGAACUGCAGGGCCAUUUUGACUUGGCCGGUUUUUGCUGAUGGAAAGAAAAGAUGAUCCAGAUUUUCAAAAAAGCAGAAUAAAGGUGCCAUCGGAGCAAGGUGUGAUGUGCAUCCUUUGGGAGCAUCCUUGUGUGGACAUCCCACAGGAGCGAUGGGGAACCUGUGAUCCUCACAUCAUCCCUGACCUUUGGCCAUGCUGGCUGGAGCUGAUGAUAGUUGGUAGUCGCAACAGUAUAUGGAAGGCUAGAGGUUCCCUUUUCCUGCCCUACAGGAUGAAGGUAGAUCAAGAAUUAAUGCUAUCCUGGCCCACAGAGGAUCAGGAUGUCUGCCACUUCCCUGUGGGUCUGUCCCACUUCUCCAGCUGUGAUAAAACUGGAAAGGGUUUCUUUCCAUAUGAAGGUUUCCUGCCCACCAAUAUCUUGCAUGCUUGUGGGUUGCGGUGUGUUAAAGGGAAAACUGGAUGAGCUCAUCUUUCUUUAAAAGAAAGCAAAAAGUCUACUUCAGAUGUGCACUCUGGAAAUCAAACUCAAGGCAAGUAACACCUGAUGAAAUGGCAUUAGCAAAUAAGAGGCUUAAAAUAGCGUGCCAAUAGGUUUUGAAACAUCUCUUGAGUAGAUUUCUGAGGCAUAGCAUUUGACGUGAUCAGAGCUGCCCUGUCAUAUCCCGGAGUUCCAAAAAAUGAAGCGGGAUUCGCUUUGACAGUGUGCUAGUAAGCAGAAAGAUUUGUUUCUCUGGAUGAGCAAUUAGCAUCAGCUUUGGAGAAAGGAGGAAAAACCCAAGGUGGAAUAGGAAAACAAGCCGAAAACGUUACAUAAGAGAAGUGCGCAUUUGGAUAUCAGGUUGUGCUGCAUAUGUAAAUAAGUGCCCAGCGAGGCAGAGCAGGUGAUAUGUGACCCCUUGUUCAGAGAGCCCUGAUGCUUAGCUAGAUCAAAACCAACAGCUGAACCGCUGAGGUCCAAAGCCACCGUGAUCCAGGAUGUCUGUGCCGGGAGGAGUAACAAGACUUUAUUUUAAAUAGCGCUGCUGAAUGUCAGACCCAGAGGAGCAGCAGAAUUAUGCUGAUGACUCUCUUCCCCACCCCACGGCUAUUUUGAGCCGGGCAGGUCUUAUGCAACGGUGCUAAAAUAAAGAUCGAAUGCAAGAAGAAACUAUAUGAGAAUAAGCUAGGAGAAGUCAGGUGCUCAACACCUUGCUUGUUUUAACCCAUUUCAAAUAAAGCCACUUUAAAUUGUCAUUUUAUCACUUAGCAUAUUGGUAUCCCUUUCAACCUCUAGGGAACCUUGGGACAUUUCUGAGCUACCACUCCCCCCUCCCCCCCAUUUCCUCUGUGGUCUCUUUCUUUGACGUACAGUGGUACCUCGGGUUAAGUACUUAAUUCGUUCCGGAGGUCCGUUCUUAACCUGAAACUGUUCUUAACCUGAAGCACCACUUUAGCUAAUGGGGCCUCCUGCUGCUGCCGCGCCGUCGGAGCACGAUUUCUCUUCUCAUCCUGAAGCAAAGUUCUUAACCCGAGGUACUAUUUCUGGGUUAGCAGAGUCUGUAACCUGAAGCGUAUGUAACCCGAGGUACCAGUGUACAUGUGGGCUUCUCCCAUUUGUGCAGGAGUUUCUAGACUGCAAGCUCAGGACAGAGCUGGUGCCAUUUCCCUCAACUGGAGAGAUUUUAUCUUUGUUCUGUACAUGAAGGAAGCGAGUGGUAGUUCUUUUGACUACCACAAGACCAACAAUGCAGAUACAUAUUCCCCCCCCCCCGAUAGGUUUUCCCCUCAGUGAAUCCUUUCUUUCUCUCCCUACAGACCUAUUACUUAAUUCAGUUUAUAGUUUCUUUCUUUUCUGCCACGCACACCUGUGGUGCGAAGGCCUUUUUUUAAAGCCACAACCUGCAUUCUGCCACGGCCAUUUUGAGGAGAAGAGCACAGAUUCCAUUUUUGCACUCAGGGAGAGAAGCCACGGGUUUGGCUUAGCAUGUUGGCCGAACAUCGAGUCGUAGUCAAAGUUUGUCCUUGCCUACAGCUCACGGUUAGAAAGGAGAGACCUUUGCCAUGAGCCUCAGUUCAGACAGCAACCUUAGCCCAACCUUGGCUUAGCCUAACAUGGGAUUUUUUAAAAGAGAGAGAGAGAGAUUAGAGCAAAGUGACUGUCAGCUCUUCUCUGGUAUCCCAUACAUUUGUGUGGCUGAUUUGCCUUGCUGUGAUGUGAGAACGAAGCCAUUGACAAGAGAUGCAAAAAAACCCCCCUCCACGCCAUUCCUGCUCUCCCAUAGAACAGGAUGCCGCUUCCAAUUCUGUGAUACUUGAGAAUGUUAAACUGCCAUCGCAUUCUUUUAAAGUACCUUAAAGUACUACAAGGGAGGUGGAAAUUUGCCUGUGGCUUAUGUGGCGGAAUGGCAUGUUCCUUGCUCGUAGAUCUUUUUUUUUUUUUUUUGUAUUUUAUUUUUAGUAAAUUUUAUUUUGCUUUAAACAGACAAAUAUAAACAACCAAAAUUACAAAAGAAAAAUCCUUAAUAAUGGAAAAGGCUAAAAAAACUACAAAAAAUAUCAAAGUACAUGGUAUAGAACAUAAGCCGUUAUGGGAAAGAAAAAGGAAAGGAGAAGGAGAAGGAAGAAAAAAAGGGGAGGAAAUGAGCCAAAACACAAGAAGGCUUGUCUAUUGUACGCUUCUGUCAAGGUCACAACAGAUCAUUAUUCUUAACAGUUCUCUCUGUCUGCAUUCCAUAGAAUCCCUCAUCUUGGUAUCAGGGAACAUUUCCCAAUGCGGUAUCAUUCUAAACAUAACCAGGUCUUUAUUGAUGAACCCUUAUCCCCUAGAUAAUUAUUUAAACGUUCCCAUUCUUCCUUCACCAUCUAGUUCUUAACGCAACUCAGUUUUUUAGACUUCUCUUUCUCCCCCAUCCAGGUGUUUCUGCUACAAAAUACAGAAGCGCUAGACAUGAUAAGGUUGGCCUUGGCUUAUAAACCGUAGGUGCUUUCCCCCCCUUUUUCCUUGAAGUGCCUUUUUCAGUGUAAAUAGCAUAGCUGAAGUUUCUAGGAACAAGUGCUCUUGCUGAUGGAUGACUGCCUAAUGACCUGAGAGAGUCGCUUCACAGCUUUACACUUUUCUAUUUCAGUCCUCGGGGAAGCAGCAAAGUUAUGAUGCUGCCGUACGGCUGAAAAUAAAAAUAACCUGUUGAUGGCACAGUCGUUUUUUGGAGAAGAGCUCCUUGCUUGUGUUGCAUGCUAGAAAUGAAAGCAGGCUAACUCUGAAAUACUUGUUCCACAGUUCGGCAGCCACUGUUUGCUAGUAACAUUUGGAAUGUUAAGCACUAACAUGUAUUUAUAGACCUGGUCUGUAAGCACGACCGGCUCCCUGGGAGAGUUCACUUGAGGUCAUGUGAAAAGUUGCAUCUCUAGUUUAGACCAAUCGCAUUGCAUGAAGGGUCCCGCCCCCACCCCCACCUGUUCCUCUUUGAAAAUCAUCGUUUUAAAUGUCAGUGAUUUGUGGACUACAUUGUGUCCUGUUAUCCUAAGGCACUUCAUAGAAGGGACCACAAGAGUCAUCUGGUUCAGUCUCCUGCAAUGGAGGAACAUCUUUUGGCCCAUUGUGGGGCUCGAUCCUGGAAAUAAGAGUCUUAUGCUGUACCAAGUGAGCUAUCCCGCAAACCAACUUCAGUGUUGGUGCUGACCUUUAAAGCCCUAAAUGGCCUCUGCCCAGUAUACCUGAAGGAGCGUCUCCACCCCUAUCGUUCUGCCCAGACACUGAGGUCCAGCGCCGAGGGCCUUCUGGCGGUUCCCUCACUGCAAGAAGCAAAGCUACAGGGAACCAGGCAGAGGGCCUUCUCGGUAGUGGCGCCCUCCUAUCAGAUGUCAAAGAGAUAAACAACUGCCUGACAUUUAGAAGACAUUUGAAGGCAGCCCUGUUCAGGGAAGUUUUUAAUGUGUGGCAUUCUAAUGUAUUUUUAAUCUUUGUUGGAAGCUGCUCAGAGUGGCUGGGGAAACCCAGCCAGAUGGGCGGGGUACAAAUAAUAAAGUAUGAUGAUGAUGAUGAUGCAGAAAAGGACUCGCUAAACAAGCAGAAUCAACAUCUUACAUUGCACCUGCCACCAGCCAGCUCUCAUACUUGUUUCGCAUUGCUAACAAAGUGAAAUGUUAUAUGCCCUCCUUAUGGUAGACAUAGUAUUCUCUUGUGUAAAUGAUUCAGUUCAGGUGAAUUCUCCCAAGUAGUGGCUACACAUGGGGCGGGAGCAAGGGAGCCAGUGGAUCCUUCUUGCCCGUCUUGCACUCAGACUCUGCAAAAGUCAAUGCAUGGGUCUAACAUCUGCAUGAGGGUCUUGCAAACACAAGUCUAACUCGUUCUGUCCGUUCCCUGGAUGGCACACAAGAUGUCCAUGCAGUUCAGGCCUGGAUUUUCUGCUGAGAGGGUCCAUAUUCUCACAUACAUCCAGUGAGAGGUAAUCUGUAGCGUUGGAAGAGACCCCAAGGGUCAUCUAGUCCAACCCCCUGCUGUGCAGGAAUCUUAACUAGAUCAUGCAUGACAGGUGGCCAUGCAACCUCUGCUUAAAAAGAACCUCUAAGGAAAGAGAGUUCGCCGCCCAUCGUUUUUCUUUGUAGUCUUAAGUGUCCAUGAGAGGCUCUGAUUUUUUUUUUUUUUAGUGCAACGGCAGCAUUGGGGGAAGGAGUUUCCAGCCCUCCCCUCUCCCCUUGCACCCCUGCCUUCGUGGUCUGACUCCCUUCCUCCUGAAGCUGAUUUAGGGGGAAACGAAGGGGGAAACGCAGAGUAGCUUUGUAGUUUGACCCUAACUAGCGUCAUAAAUCAGAAUUGAAGAUGGCUGGUUGAAUGACUGGGUGCCCCUCUUCCUCUCUUUUUUCAAUUAGGUGCUGUGAAACUUAAAAGUUUGGCAUGUGGCAAACAGCACAUCUGGGCCUGUGACAGCGGUGGCGGAAUCUACUUCCGGGUUGGGACACAGCCCCUGAACCCCAGUUUGAUGCUGCCUGCAUGGAUCAUGAUUGAGCCACCAAUCCAGGUAGAAAAACAAGUUGCCUUGUUUUUUAAUUCCAAACCAUCAGAAUGCCUAAAUCCAGCUGAAAAAACACGUAAACGUAAUAGGCUGUAUGGUAACAACUGCAAAGUUAUUUACUAGAAACUACUUCUCAAAAAUUAGAUACAGCUUCUCAUAGUGUCAAAAUCAACCUUGUGACAUCAUAUAUUAAAAUGUAGCUUAUUCAGUUGACAACCAAGUCCAGUAUGUACAAAAUACAAAUCCUAUUAUGUCAGUGCCGUAAUACAUUCAUUCCUAAUUUCUUCAUCUUCUCUUGUAUUUUACCUCGCCUGAGAACCUGUUAUAAAUAAGUUCCAUGUAGCUGUUAUAUACAGUACUGAACUAUGCACAGCUGAUGAAGCCCCUUCGGGCGAAACAGGGGAAUAUUCAGGAAUCCUUCUCUUGUCUGUCUGUGCCAGCAUCUACCAGUGCCAGUUUCUUUUGUCUACCAACUUUAUCAUCUUCAUUAGACACUUAGAAGAUUAUUUCAUGUCACUCUUCUAAGGAAUACGUCAGACAGAAAAACAGAAGAGAAGAUGAAGAAAUCAGAAAUGAACGUAUUACUGCACUGACAAAAUAGGAUUUGUAUUUUGUACAUACUGGACUUGGUUGUCAACUGAAUAAGCUACAUUUUAAUAUAUGAUGUCACAAUGUUGAUCUUGUUUUUAAUUCAGCCUCUAAUCUUUAGGCCUUCUGACAUGAAAAGAUUCCAAUUCUUCAGUGGCGGCAAGUGAAGAUUCUCAGGUCUGGGAAUGCUGUGGGGCAGGAGGGAGGGCUCAGCUAUGGACUUAAGGCUGUCAUAGACUUGGUAAUAUUUAGUAGAAGAUUGAGAUACCAGAAUGAACACUGGUGUGCAUGGUCAGAGCACCAUUCUGUCUUUCCAGCAUAGAUCCUAGCUGAAUUCCUGCAUCUGUUUUUGAAGUGGACCGUGGGGUAGCCUUUAAUGGGGGGAAACUGGACUUCUGUAGCUGGAGGUGAACUUGAUACAACCUGGUUUCUCCUCCUGUCUUGAUAUCCCAUUUCCCCCCCAAAACUGGAAAUUCUUCCUUUUUUGCCAAACAUCAGCAAUGCCUAAUGCAGUUGAUCUCAAAGAGCAAAGAAUUUGGGCUAUUCCCCGCCCCCAACCUUCCAGAGAAGUAAUCUCUUGGUUACGUAAUAGCAUCUGGGAGAAUUCCAGUUCAUUAGGCCAAAUGGGUAUAAGAAAAUGUAAAAAAGUGCAACUUCAAAUUGCCUAACGCCCCAAAACCCAGCUCAAAUCUAGCUUUCGGCCAACAGAUGUUAGCAGGCGAGUGUCUUCUUAGCAAGUCAUUCAGCAAGCUUUGCAGAACCCCAGUUAAUGUCAUUUGGGCUGCACCUCACUGACUUGACCUAGGAAGUUACGUUACAUCAUGUUCACAGCAAUGGGCAAAAGAAGGAAUGGCACAGAGCAGGCGGGGAGGGUGAGAGAGGGGUGUUGCCAAGGCUUUCAGUGGCUUCAAGUACAACCCUGCUCUCAGAAUACAGCCUCUGCCAUCAUUGAGGCAGGACAGCCUGAUCCUUCAGCCAGAUAGAAUAAUUUGCUGUUCCUCAGAACUUGUGAGUCAUGAAAUUUGCCUGCAAGUGGCUGACUUUUCGUCUUUAGCUGCACCGCUUGUGUAACACUCCAAAAUUCUAGGGCAACACGACUUCUGUCAGGGUUGAUAUGGAUCAUAAAUCUGUCGCCUAAAAUAACAUCGCCUUUCUUGGAUUUUCGCCGGUGAUUUGAGUAACUAGACCUUACCUCUCCUUGUGAAUCUGAGCCUUGGCUUUAAAUGCUGGCUUAUAACUGAUAAAUAUGCACAUGUUCCUUUCAUCGUGUUCUCUCCGCAGCUUGUGGGAUGACUCCUGACCCCUCUCAUGUGAAAGCAGAUUGGCUGUUUACCAUCCUGUUUUUCUGUUUGCUGAGCCGAGAUCAGCAGUCAGCAAAAUGACAGGCCAGGGAGCUAUUAAAAUAUGGAACAGUUGUUUAUCAAAACAUAGCCUGUUCUGCUCUGGAUGUCUAACAGUAUACAAACAAGCUGUCAGAAUGCCCUUUUGCUCUGUGAGAAGUGCACUUUUAAAUCUCUUGUCAGGUUUGAGAAAAAGUCUGUUCUCUGCUCCGGCAUUUGAGCAUCCCAGAAGUAAAUCCAUUGUCUCUUUGUUUUCAUUCAUCACAAUGGCAUUUCUAUACUUUUACCAUGUACAGUGGUGCCCCGCAAGACGAAUGCCUCGCAAGACGAAAAACCCGCUAGACGAAAGGGUUUUCCGUUUUUCAAUGCGCUUCGCAGGACGAAUUUCCCUAUGGGCUUGCUUCGCAAGACGAAAAUGUCUUGCGAGUCUUGAGAUUUUUUUCGCUUUCCCCCCCCUUUUUCUAAGCCGCUAAUAGCCUUUUAGCCGCUAAGCCUUUAAUAGCCGCUAAACCGCUAAUAGCGCUAAUCCGCUAAGCCGCUAAUAGGGUUGCUUCGCAAGACGAAAAAACCGCUAGACGAAGAGACUCACGGAACGGAUUAAUUUCGUCUUGCGAGGCACCACUGUAAAUCAGAUUUUGUUCAACUUAUAAAUAUUAGGGGUUUGUGUGUGUUUGUUUGUGUGUGUGUGUGUGUAUUUACAGCACACUCUUGUUGGGUAGAAUGAAGUCCUUUUUGUUUUAUUCCUUUAGCAAUUCUAGUAAUCUGUAGCCAUAAUAGAUGGGGAGAGGAGUAGUAGUAGUAGUAGUAGUAGUAGUAGUAGUAAUCACCAUCAUAAUCAUCAGACACCCCAUUAAAAAUGCACUGGGUGUCUGAUUCUGAUGAUGUUUAGUAUAUGAUUGUGUUUAGUUCCCAGUGCAUUUUAAUGGGAUGUCUUGUCUGAUCCUGAUGAUCACAGCAUAAAAUUACAAUACAAAAAGCACAAAAUGCAUGAUAAAAAAAGAACAUAAUCAAACCAAUAACCCUCUCCCCUCCCAGAACACAUUUAAAAGGGCAUUAAAUGUCAAUCAGCCAAAGGCCUGGUUGAAGAGGAACGUUUUCGCCUGGCACCUAAAGGUGUCUAAUGAUGCUUCCAUGAUAUGGUCGUUUCAAGUUUUUGAACGUAUUUCUUCACUUUUAUGGGCUUAGGUUCUGAGUUUAACUUGAGGGAAGUUUGCAGAAGGAGGGUUUCCAAUUCCUGUAGCUACCUUGAUCUCUCCCUCAGAGCCCCUCAUGGUGGGAGAGGGUCUCCUGGAGACUUUCCUUCCUUGAACAUCCUUAGAUUGAUUUAUCUUUGCAUCUGAUCAUUUCUGCUGCCCACUCCCCCGCUUGUCUCUCAGUGCUGUGCUUAAGUCAGAAAAUGUGCACUAUUUAGUAUGGCAAGAGAGAGACAUGCAUCUGUAAAAGUGCUCUUCAAUGACUUAUCCCUGUUUUAUCAAGGGCUCAUGUGGAUAUCUUGUUGUUGUUGCUGCUGCUGUUGUUGCUGUUGUUUUAUGCAUUGCCUUAGACAUGAAGGUCCCUAGGCGACUUGCAUAGAAAGAAAGCCCACUGCGUUUUGGUGCUUAGGCAGCAAAUCUAAAUAUUACUUCCCAUGAUGGUAAAAAUGAAAUAAUAAACGACUUAAUACACGAUUAGCUACUUUUGCUUCGUCCUGCUUAAAGCUAAGACUGACUCCGGCUUUAAAGAAAGAGAGGCAAGAAUCCUUAAUAAAACGAGUGUUGCCUUGUUUGUGCAGGAUGGGCAGCUUAUCCUAAUUUUGGUGUUGGAAUAUGUUUCUCGUAGCUUUUUUAGUUUCCUACCGUGUCUCAGGGGCAGGAGAUGGUGGCUCAAGUAAGAGAAACGGAAAAGGGAACAGCUGAUGGAUGAUCCACUCUUUCCAAUUCUCAGGUGUUCUUGAUCUUUAUCUCAGAUGACACAGGGAAUGUAAACAGUGCUGUAAAUAAACAGCAGCUUGAAAGGGGAUCCAGGAGAGAUGCUUAACUAAACUGAGUGAGCAAGGUGACUCAUGUGGGCCUCUUGCAUUCGGAAUUUCUUAAGGCAUUGGGGAAUUCUGUGCCAUGACUCUGAUGAUGAAACAUCCCAUCAGUACCUACUAGAGUAGACACUUGACAGGUAUUUUAGCGCCUCACCCUGUACAAAAAAAAAAGAGCUAUAUCUACAAAAGGAGUGAGAAAGUUACCUCUAUUUAGAGCCAGUGUGGUUUAGUGGAUGAAAGACCCCUGUUCAAAUUCACACUAGGCCACAAAGGUUACUGGCAUAACUUUGAUCCAGUCGCUAUCUUUCUUGCCCAGCCUGCCUCGCAAGGUUGCUGUGAGGAUGCAAAGGAGAUGGGAUGGAAGCACCCUCACUAGAAAGGAGUAGAAUAAAAAUUUGAGGAGUAAUAACAUGAAUAUUGAACUGUAAGAGCCUAACAUAGUGAUAGGUAAUAUAACACAGACACACACCCCAAAAAUGUUGGUGUACUACUGUUGUAAACAAAAUCUGCCCUUCUUCCCUUAUGGGGUAUCCAAGAGCCCGUAUAGAGUCCUUACGUGGGUUCCCUAUUGGUAGGAGAAAAUAACAGAAGCCAACCAGAGAAUAUUGAGAAGCAAAGCAGCUAGUAAGCCUGAUCUUUAGUAAAGCUGUAGCAACAGGGUGCUCCCCUCACACGCAGGAGAGCGGAGGGGGACCCAGAACCCAGGUGUGCCCGCCCUUAUAUAGACAUUUUAAAUUCCCUGCCCUGGACCUUGAGACCACCCCUCCAUACAUCAUACAUACAUCACAUAAGGGGUGUAACCCAAGACCACCCCCAACAAACAUCAAACCUACAUCUCAGAAAAGGUGGUCUACAACAGAAAUUUGAAUGUUGUUGUUUUUCCUGUCUGCCCGGUUAUCUGAUAAUGCCUUAUCUGAUUGCCUUUCCUGGUAGUCUGCCCAUUCCUUUGAGAUGGUGAUUACCCAAUUCCUGAGACAAUGGGAAUGUUCCCUCACCCCCUCCCUCCUUGCAGAGAAAACAUUUGGUCAGUUUGGGAGUCAAAAUGGUUUCAGGACUGUCUUCUUGUGCUGCUCCAGACAUGAGGUCCACACAUCUAUGCACGCGCCUGGCUGGCACAUUCACGAACAUUUAUAUAUAUAAGACCUUAUAUAUAUAUAAGACCUUAAUUUUUUUAUUACACUACAACUCCUUUCAUCCCUGGACAUUGGCUUAUGGGAGUUGUUGUUUAGCAAUGCUUGGAGAGCCACCUGUUAGCUAGUCCUGCUAUAAUGAAUCCAAAAGCUAAAACUGUAAUGGAGGGAUGUGGGGGAGGUCUGUGAAGGGAUCUCCAUGGUUAUUUUUAAAAGAUCAAAGGAGAUAUGCAGGGUGCGUUUGCCAGGCAAGUUUCAAGGUUCCUCUCUCAAACCGCUCCCCUAAUCCUUGCACUGAUUACCAAAAUGAAAUCUCUCACAGGUGCACACACACAAUUCCCUUUGCCUUGUGGGCAGUGCCGGAUUUACGUAUAAGCUAAACAAGCUGUAGCUUUGGGGCCCCCUCAAAAAAAUUAAAGGAAAAAAACAACAAUGUACAUUUCCAAUCCAAAAUAUAGGAUAAAAAACAAAUUACUUUGUUUACAUUUUGUUAUGUGCAAAUGGCUUUAGAUACCUAUUAGGUCGAUAAAUUACCAUAUAGCAUAUAUUCAACACAAAAACCAGCGACCAUUUGUUGUUGACAAAGGACAGCUGGACGUAUAAAGGGCUCCAUUACCUUCAGUAGCUUAGGGCCUCAUCAGACCUAAAUCCUGCCCUGCUUGUGGUUACCUGCAUAUUUUGCAACAUUGGGCAAAUAAUAGCUUGGACAUGGGGACAAAAGGCUAAUGUCUUCCUUCCUGCAGCACUGUGGUGCUGAUCUGACUCUCAGCUACAGCUGCUUGGAUCUAUUUUUUAUUGUCAAGGGACAUCCUGGUCGUGGAUCUCCCACAACACACCCACCCAAUGUGGCUACAAGGCAGGAUCCUAACAAAUCAAUGGAAGAUUUAGUGGCAUAGAGAUGACAAGCGGCGCAUACAUAAGGUCCCAGGCUCAGUAUCCAUUAAAAGGAUCAAGUAGCAGGUGAUGGGAUAAUUGCUCUAUCUGUUGAGAAACUGAAGAACUGCUUGCUGCCGGGGAAAGGAGGCAAUACUGGCCUCCUGUAAAGACUGGCAGGGACGCGGGUGGCGCUGUGGGUUAAACCACAGAGCCUAGGACUUGCUGAUCAGAAGGUUGGCGGUUCGAAUCCCCGCGAUGGGGUGAGCCCCCAUUGCUCGGUCCCUGCUCUUGCCACCUAGCAGUUCGAAAGCACGUCAAAGUGCAAGUAGAUAAAUAGGUACCGCUCUGGUGGGAAGGUAAACAGCGUUUCCGUGCGCUGCUCUGGUUCGCCAGAAGUGGCUUAGUCAUGCUGGCCACAUGACCCGGAAGCUGUACGCCGGUUCCCUCGGCCAAUAAAGUGAGAUGAGCGCCGCAAGCCCAGAGUCGGCCACGACUGGACCUAAUGGUCAGGGGUCCCUUUACCUUUACCUUUAUAAAGACUGGCCUCCAGUGUCCCUGCAAUAGAGAUGUGCCCUGCCCCUUCUUUACGCCUCACUGUGAAGAUCAGCGUGCACAUGGUUCCCCAGAAGUCUUCUAUUCAGAAGCUGGGCAAUCUCAGACAUGCUCAUCUUUGCAGCUGUUCAGGGUGCCUCAGACCAUGCACGAGUCUCUCUGGUUGCCUGGACAUGUGAGUGCAGUUUGCAGAUGGGUGCCAAAAUCAUCCCCAGGAAUGCAGAGCUGAAGGGAAGCAUGCUCGGCUUUCUACCACUGAGCCUCAAAGAGGUUCCUCCCAGGAAGAACAUCAUAGCAAUGGGAAUAACAAUAAUAAUUCAUUAUUUAUACCCCGCCCAUCUGGCUGUGCUUCCCCAGCCACUCUGGGCAGCUUCCAACAAAAUAUUAAAAUACCAUAAUGCAUCAAACAUUAAAAGCUUCCCUAAACAGGGCUGCCUUCAGAUGUUGUCUAAAAGUCUAGUAGUUGUUGUUCUCUUUGACAUCUGGUGGGAGGGCGUUCCACAGGGCGGGCGCCACUACCGAGAAGGCCCUCUGCCUGGUUCCCUGUAGCUUUGCUUCUUGCAGUGAGGGAACCACCAGAAGGCCCUCGGCGCUGGACCUCAGUGUCCGGGUAGAACGAUGGGGGUGGAGAUGCUCCUUCAGAUAUACUGGACCAAGGCCUAGCCCUAUCAAUUGGCCAGAAAUGGAGCAGCUGCAGAGAGCUUGCUUCGUUCUUCCUUGCCAGAAAGCAGGAGUGCCUGGGUGUUGCUGUUUUCCCCUCCUCCCUCCCUGUCAUUUUCUCCUUUUGUGCCAUGUCUUGUGUAUUGCACAAGGAGCAUGGAAUCGCAGAAUUGUAGAGUUGGAAGGGAACCCCGAGGGCCAUCUAGUCCAACCCCCUGCAGUGCAGGAAUCUUUUGCCCAGCAUGGGGCUCGAACCCACAACCCUGAAAAAUUAAGAGUCUCAUGCUCUACCGACUGAGCCGUCAUCUUGUUACUGAUCAUUGUAACCCCUUUCUGGAGACCUUUUCAGCUGGAGAGCAGGGUAAAAAUACUUUAUUGCCGUUAGGUCAAGGAAUAUAUGGGCUUUAAAAAAAUAUUAUUUUAGUAGAGUGGAGUGGGCACAGGAGAAGGUGCAUGCAGCAGAGCAGAGUGUGGCUCUGUUUAAGGGUUUUCAGAGGACACCCACGUGUCUGCCUAAGCACAUGUUCAAACUUGCAGCACUAAAUUUUCCUCCAGGCGCCCAGUUGUACUUUUGGGAAUGAAGCUUGUAAAAUGAGAUUGCAGGAUAAAGGUCAGCAAUGGGCCCUGCUCACGCAUCCUGCCUCGAGUGAUUCCCAACGUAGCCCCUGUUUGGUGGUCGCUUUGAGAAGAGGAGCCUUUGGAUGAAGGGCUAGCUCAUCUUGCUUGUGCCACCCACGUUUGACUGCUUUUUCAUUCCUUCUUUCUUUCUCUCUUUUUUGCUCACUUCCCUUUUCAUCUUUCAAGUCUUCUUUUCACAACAUGCGUGUUGGGAAUGCACGAAUGGCUUAUUAAAGGCUGGAAAGGAUUUCUAAAUAAUUAUCCUGAGUUUGGAGUGAUAAAAGUACUGUUUCUGAACAUUUAUGGGCAGGAUUUGACCUGUGCAAGGACAUCUGAUUGGACAACAGGGCUCCCCUACCUUCUCCUGCCCCCCAUGGAUGCCCUGGAUCUCCCAGAAUAAUGUGGGUGGCGGGGCGGAGGGUGUUUCUAUAUUAUAUAUUUUGUCAUCUCGGUUUGUAUUUUUCUGUUGCAAACUGCCCUGUGUUCUUCGAACGAAGGGUGGUAUACAUCAGGGGUAGGCAACCUAAGGCCCAUGGGCCAGGAGCAGCCCACGGGGGGGUCGUUUAACUGGCCCACGAGCUGCCCGCUUGGCAAGUCCCCGCGUCCUGUGCUAAACCGGCGCAGCGUGGCGCCGUAAAUCACUUCUGCCCAGGCGCCGGAAAUUGCGUGCACAUGCGCAAUCCAGCCCGCAGAGGGAUCUCCGCUGGAGUGAACCGGCCCAGGCGAGGUAAACCUUGCCAACCCCUGGUAUACAUAGAACCAUAGAAUUGUUGAAAGGGAACCCCAGGGGUCUUCUAGUCCAACCCCCUGCAAUGCAAGAAUCCUCCCCACAGCCGUCCCUGGGUGGACUCGAAGCACCACCUUUCUGGUUAGCAGCCAGAUGCACUGACCCAUUGUGCCACUAGGGCACACCUUUAAUAAUAAUAAUAAUAAUAAUAAUAAUAAUAAAUAAUCUGCAAUGCUUGCACAGGUAGAACAGCAGGAGGAGUGCAGUGUUCAGUUCCACCCUGUAUCCUCCAAGUUGAUGAGGCUCGUUUGACAUCACCACGAAACAGAGCCUUUAGUCUCAUCGGCCCAGUCCUAUGGGAUGCUCGUCCAGCAGAGAUUCAGCAGGUGUCUUCUGCCUUAACUUUCAAAUAUUUGCGGGGGAAUGUUUUCUGUGCCGCCAGGCUUACACAGACAAUUAAGAAAAUAUUUCCUGUAAUAGUUAGCUGAUGAUCCACUACCUUAAAUUUUGUACGCAAUGUGUGUGUGUGUGUAUAAUGCUUGGUAACUGCUUUGAUAUUUUUUAUGAUGCAGUAUACAAGUAUCCCCCCGCCCCCCCCGCCCCCCGUAAAUGCAAUAGGUUUAUAGUCUAAGCUACAGCAUCUGGUGCAUUUAAAAGCUAGCAGGUCUUUUUGUGGCUUUUGCGAACUAAAGCCUAGUUUGUCAGAUGCCUAAACCAUUGGCAAAGAAUGGCACGGUGCUUGACUUUGCUGCAGGGCUAAGAUUCAGCAACCAUGUAACCGGAGUCUUUUAAAAUUCAGCCUUGGAUUUUAAAAAAGAGUCUGGCUCACACUCCAUAUUACUGGCCAACAUGCAUGUGGGGAAUAUGUGAUUUGAAGUUGGGGGGGGGGGCAGAGGAAGGAGGACGAAACAUAAAAGUAACUGUGUUUGACCCAUAAAGAAAAAUCUCCUAAGUUGGCUGCUAAUGUGUAAUGAGUAAAAGAUCCCUUGCAAUACCCAACAACUAUUCCUUCAUGUUUGUUAUUGUUUCUGUUGGUGUUCGGAGGGUAUUUCAUAGCUCAUCCUCAACCGUGCAGUCACACAAGACUGGGAGGCAUCGUGUGGGUGUGGGACUCUGAAGAGCCUCAUACAAAACUGUCCUGCUUGACUUCCUCUGUGCAGCAAUGUGCUUGCUAUCUGCCUGUCCAGCUUAUUGUGGGUGCUGCAAAGUGAUAAGAAAUGAUGUGUUCCGCAUAAGAUACUGGUAGCUUCAAAAACUUCAAAGAGCUGGCUAACGUUUCACCUGCAAUGCUCAAAUGGCCCUUAAAAUAAGUUGGCAUCGGUGACAUUUGCAGUAGCCGUUGUUGACACACACAGCGAUCCUUCUCACAAUUCAGCAGCAGAGGCUUCAUUUAUAAAUGUUUGCUUUUUUUAGAGAACAGGAUAAUCCCCCCCCCCUGUUUUGUUGUCAUCUGUAGACCAGAGCGUGGUGUGCUAGAUCAACAGUCUGUGUUCAGGACCCAGACAUCAUAAUUGAAAUACUUUAUUGUCACUUGUACAACUUGUAUACAGUGAGAUUACAUGAGCACCCCCCACUCAGCUCUCUUAGUCUUAAUUCCCCUCGUUUACUGACGCACACCCACCAAACCCGAAAGUCAGUUGCCCUGUUGUUAUCUUUUCAUUCAGCAGCCUAACAGCCCAUGGAUAGAAGCUGUUCUUUACCCUGUUGGUGCGACUAAUCAUGCUUCUUCUAUAUCUUCUGCCUGAGGGCAGGAGAUCAAGAAAGUGCCGGCCAGGGUGUGAAUCAUCCCUGAGAAUUUUCCUCACUCUCCUGAGGCAACGUUCUUCCACAAUUUCUUCCAGCGGAUUCACGGGACAGCCCAUAAUAUCUUGAGCUGUAUUCACCACCCUCUGUAGGCACUUCCUAUCAGUUGAUGUCAAACCAGCGUACCACACCGUGAUGCAGUAUGAAAGGACACUUUCUAUUGUGGACCAGUAGAAGGAGAUCAUUAAAUGUUGAUUGACGUUGUUCUUUCUCAAUACUCUGAGGAGAUGGAGUCUCUGUUGGGCUUUCUUAACCACCUGGGUUGUGUUGAUUUUCCAAGUAAGGUCUUCACUGAGAUAAACUCCUAGGAAUUUAAAGGAAGAGACUGCCUCCACACAGCCCUCCACACAGGGCUAAGAACGUCCUGACACCUGUCCUCCACCUCAUCCCCAAUGCAUAGUCAUCCAAACAUUUAAACCUCAUCGAUAGCUAAAACCAGGGUGGAGAGCCAGAGGCUGAAUGCGGCCCUGCAGGCUCUCAGUCUGGCCCUUGGCACUCUCCAUAAGCCACAGCCUCUCCCUAGGCCAUGCCCCUCAUUGCUUCUGCUCUGCUGCCACCUUGAAUGUUUUUACCUGGUUGUAAUGUGUCCUUGGACAGCAAAUAGAUUCUUGCUUGCCUGGGUAGAGGCUGGAGAGAGGGCUUUUUGCGUAUGUUGGUAGAAACCUCAGGCUUUUGGGUGUCUGGAAUUUAGCCUCUUGCACAAAGGUAAUAAUCUCCCUUCAUCACCCACCCCCUUCUCAUUUCCCCCAGCGCCACCUGCGUCGGCUUGUAGCCCCAGGAGGGUUCCCUAUUAGGGCGUGGAGCCCUCUGGCUGAAAGCCUGAUGUUGCCCUGGGAGGGGUCCCUAGGGCAAGAGCAGAAUUCAGGGUGACUCGCACGCUGCCGCCGUCGUGGCAGUGCAAAGUAGCAGGGCAGAGACAGAGAUCACACACCCAGAAACUUAGUUGAUCUUGUAGCUCUGAUCACACAAUACAGGAGAAGGGAUCUUUGGGUCGCUUGCCAGUUUGAGCUGGAGGAGAGCUUUUCAUCCCAAUCGCUAUGAUCAGAUUCUGACUGGAAAGGGGAUGAGCUUCUUUGGCUUCUAAUACACUCAGCGUCUGUUCUCCCGGUAGCCAUAAUUUCGCUAAAGGCUAAGAUACAGAGUGUAGAUCGAGUUGUGCAGAAUGGCGAUAAUUCAGAUAGGCAGCUUUUUACUCCAGAGCACAAUGCCUAUGUAUUCUAUAAUGCAGAAAUAAUAGGGAGCCGAAAGAAUCAAAAGGCAUUGACACUGCAAAUAGCAAGGGCUUGUGUGCAUGUAUCAUAUUUGGAUGUAUUCUGUAUUAUUUGGUAUUUAAAUUGAAACACGAUGGGGAACUGUAGGAUGCAGUCAUGAAAAAUGAAAUGUGUGUGUGUCAGAGAGCGAGAGACGGAGAGAAGAGAAUCUCUUUGUCAGAACAGUAUGACAUGGAGUCUCUCGCCUACCAUAUUUCUCUUUCCAUGACAGAUUUGCUUCCUGUUGCACUUAAUGGAAAUUUGGCACCGAGUUCAGAUUUUAAAACAGAAGCGUUAUAUAAAUAUCAUUAGUUAGUUUGGGUUUUUAGAGAAAGUGAUAUUGAGCCUUCAUUUUACGGGUGUUUUUUGCCUUCCCAGAGGCGAAAUGGAAUGUUAUCUAUCGUAAUUUGCUUUGAGUUUGCUUUCUGCAAUAAACAACAAUAAUGCUACUUUUUCUGAGGCUCUUUUGACUGCCAGUAUACAUCCAGCACUUUCUCUCCACUCCUUCCAGCAGUUCAUCUUUAAUUUAAUUUCCCACCUCUCAGUCAGUGCCGAUCCAUUAGAGAGGGUUUGUAUCAAACGGCAGAGGAUGACAUUGACCGUUGUAUUAUCUUUUGCAGCCAGUUGGAGUCAACUUGGUUAGUGUGUUCUCAAGUCCCAACGAUCAGAGCCUGUGGGCGAUCGACAACAAAUGGAACGUCCAUGUUCGCACGGGGAUUACAGAGGAGAUGCCUGUAGGCACAGAUUGGGAACAGGUUCCAGGUGAGAAUAUUUUGCCUUCAUCAUUUGGUCGCUGUUGAAAUGCCAUUGGGAAAUGUGUAACGUCCCUUUCCCCCAUGAAAUUAGAAGCAGAAGAAAAGGGAGAAGUGGUGUGUUGGCGUUCCUCCUCCUCCUCCCUGCCUUCUUUUUGCAUUUCCCUUUACUGACACUGUAUUUUGCUUUUGUAUUCGCUCUUCUGUACUUUGACCAAACUUAUCCUUUGACUUCAGGGCUUCAGGCAUGCCAGCUGGCGAUAAGUACAAGGACUGUUUGGGCACGUUGUCCGAAUGGCGACAUAGCACGUCGGUACGGCAUCACGGAUAAAAACCCCGCAGGAGAUUACUGGAAGAAGAUUCCAGGGAAUGUUACUUGUUUGACAGGUGAGUUGUAUUUCGCUCUCUUUUUUUAUAUAUACAUGCUCUUGCGGUCUUACGGGGCUUGUAGUGGGAAUUGCAUCCAGUACAGUGAUACCUCUGGUUACAUACUUAAUUCGUUCUGGAGGUCUGUUCUUAACCUGAAACUGUUCUUAACCUGAAGCACCACUUUAGCUAAUGGGUCCUCCUGCUGCCGCCGUGCGAUUUCUGUUCUCAUCCUGAAGCAAAGUUCUUAUCCCGAGGUACUAUUUCUGGGUUAGCGGAAUCUGUAACCUGAAGCGUAUGUAACCCGAGGUACCACUGUAGAGUCAUUCCUCAGGUUACAGGCGCUUCAGGUUGUGUGUUUUCAGGUUGCGCACCGCACCAAAUCCAAAAGUAUUGGAAUGGGUUACUUCCCGGAUUUGGCACUCGCGCAUGUGCAGAAGACUAAAUCGUGCUUUGCACAGAAGCACCGAAUUGCAACCUGUGCAUGCGCAGACGCGGCGCUGCAGGUUGUGAACGCUGUGGGUUGUGAAUGUGCCUCCCGCAUGAAUCACGUUCGCAACCCGAGCGUCCACUGUACUUGAAACAUGAAGCAUGCUGGUCUGAGCAGGAGCAUAAUUAAUAGCUGGAUCACUCAGUGGGUGGAGCAUGCAACUCUUCAUCUCAGGGUUAUGGGUUCAAGCCCCAUGUUGGGCAAAAGAUUCCUUCAUUGCAGGGGGUUGGCAUAGAUGACCCUCAGGGUCCUUCCUUCCAACUCUGCAAUUCUAUGUUGCUGUUUUCAAAGUGUUGAAUGUCCUCUUCUUAAAGAGAACAUUGGAUGAAUACAGUCAUACCUUGGUUUUCGAACAGUUUAGUUCUCGAACAUUUUGGCUGCUGAACGCCGCAAACCCGGAAGUGACUGUUCCGGUUUGCGAACUAUUUUUGGAAGCCGAACAUCUGACAGGGCUUCCGUCAGCCAAUUGGAAGCCGCGCUUUGGUUUCCGAACGUUUUGGAAGACGAAUGGACUUCCGGAACGGAUUCCAUUUGACUUCCAAGGUACAACUGUACAGGGUUUCCGCAGAAAGCUUUGCGGAGAGCUUACUAAUAAUAAUAAUAGUAAUAAUAAUAAUAAUUUUUAUUUAUACCCCGCCCUCCCCAGCCAAGGCCGGGCUCAGGGCGGCUUACAAGCAAUAAUAAAAACAAAUUGAAUGAUUACAACUUAAAAACAAAAUUAAAAUACAACAUUAAAAUAUUGAAACAUUAAAAUAUUAAAAUGUAGCCUAAUCGCAGGAGGAGAAGGAAAAGAAAAAAGAAAGAGAGGGAGGGAAUCAAAUUGGCUCCAAGCCAAAGGCCAGGCGGAACAACUCUGUCUUACAGGCCCUGCGGAAAGAAAUCAGGUCCUGCAGGGCCCUGGUCUCAUGAGGCAGAGCGUUCCACCAGGCCAGAGCCAGAAUUGAAAAGGCCCUGGCUCUGGUUGAAGCCAAUCUAACUUCCUUAGGGCCCGGGACCACUAUUUAUGGACCUUGAGGCUCUCCGUGGGGCAUACUUAUACUACUUAUACUAGAAAGUAGGUGGAAAGGAAUUGACCUAGCGUCGGGCACCCGGCUCAUCAGUGGUGAUGCAUCUAACGUCCCUUUGGGCACUGCUUUCAUAGGUGUGCUUGCCACACAUACGGGAUUAAAAAUCAGGUGGUAGGCGCACUUGUGGGCAGUUUAAUCAGGUCUGUUUUGGCCCUUCCUCUGUGUGGCAUUUAAGUAGGAAUAGUUGCAGCGAUACUGUCAAACAACUCCCCACCCCAUCCUGCCUUCAGCUGAACUGUUGAACCUGUUAGGCUUCAAACGGGAUCUUUAGCACAGGAGACACAGCAAUGCAAAGCAGGCAAUGCUUCUGGGAGUUGUAGUACAGGAUGGGAUGGACUCCUUAGCUAACAGCCUGUCUGUUGGCCUGCUAAAAUUGAACCUGGCAACUUUUUUCUUCCUCAGCUACUCCUCUAGAUGAACUGUGGGCUGUCGGUCCUUCAGGCUGCCUCCUUCAGCGCCUCACUAAGACCUUCCGCCAUUCUCACACGUUGCAGAAGCACAGCGACGCUUCCAUGUCGUUCCACUCAGACGAAGACGAAUGGGAGGUAAUAUGAGGCCCCGGAGACCUGGAGCGCUAAAACAGCAUGGACAUGCACGUGGGAGUGUUGGGCCAGCGUCUGGCAACAAUUAGCACUUUGAUAUAAAACACUGACUUUGUCGAAUAUCCCCCAAACUGUGUAGUGAGGUGUCUUGUUUCUGUAUCUCUCGGGCGAGAUGGGCAACGUGGCUUUAAGAAGUCUUUGCCGUAGCUGUACCGUUUAAAAAUACUUAUCGAUUUAACCUCGUUAGCAGCCAAACAAAUGUUGCUCCAGCAUGCAAAUUAAUAUCUGUGCGACAUUGGGGAGGACGUCUGUUACAUAGGCUGAACAGCAGAAAUGCAUUUUUUAAUGUCCUUGUACUUUUACACCGCGCAGGGGGAAAUGGGUGCAAUGUGGAAGACGGUUACAUUUCAGAACGAGAGAACUUUUCUCAGUAGAAAGUCAACUUAGCAAGGCACAGUUUGGCAAUUGAGGUGAAAAACUCUUGGGACCAUUUUCGUUGUAACUUCCAGGGUUCCACUGAACCUUCACUCUGCGGUUACUAAUUUCAUACCUUGCUGAAAAGGUUGGGUUCAUCCCAGGCUUUGUGCAGACAUUGGCUCCUCUUAUGCCUAAAACGGGGACACUAAUGGCUUUUGUUUCAUAGAUACCCAUGAGAGGAUUAGGCAGAACAUUGAAAGUCAAGCUUGUAAUAUGAAGGGGGUGGGCUGUGGGUGCCCAUUGAGAUCCAUGCUUGGCCUGACUGAACUGUAACUAGAGGAGACUCUGAAUUUCCACUUUUGUAUCACGAAACAAAACGAAAAUAAAGAAAUUGCAUCUCACGAGAGAGUCUCUGGUAUUGGUUAGGUUUUGUCUUCAGAAUGGUCCUUUUUUAAAAAAGCUAUAUUAGCGAUAUAUUGCAAUGUCUUAUACUUGAGAUGUUUACAGCAGAAGUGCUUGAUAAUUUACUAAUCACUGCAAUUUACCGUAUUUUCCCAUCUAUAAGACUCCUCCAUAUAUAAGACGCCCCCUAUUUGGGGGGACUCAGAUUUAAGAAAAUGGGGGGAGAUGUAUCUGUGUAUAAGAUGCCCCCAAUUUUUGACAUUAUUUUUUAGGGGGGAAACCUAGUCUUAUACACGGAAAAAUACGGUAUAUUUCAUGAAGAGUUUUAAAAAAAACCAACCCAAAACUCUAAGAAAGAGCUUGAUUCCAGUGGCUUGGAUGGGAAAGCCUUCCCUUAUAGUUUUAAGGAUAUGUUUAUUUGAGGAACAGAAGCACCCUUGGGGUUUUUUAAGCAGCUGCUAAUGAACCUGUGGAUGAGCCAACUUAACAGCAGGGACUGGGGGAGGGGGGGCAAGUGUGGAGAAGCUUUGGGAACCCAAUGCCCAGGUCAAGUGCCACGCCUGUUUCCUCCUUAAACUGCCCUGUGGUAGAUUUUCUGGGGAGAAACCACUGCAAACCAAGAACACAGCACCUCUGCAUAUCGAGAACUUAACAUUUGGUCACGGCAGAUACCUGUUUUGCAACAAGCGCUUGCAUAAUGAGUGUUAUGCUUCUUCCCUUUCAGUUUAGGGUGACUAGCAGGUCAUAUUUGUUUCCCUCUGAGACCUGAUCUGUUUUGCUCGAUCCCUUCCUCAUCUAUAUAUGGAGCCGGCCUCGGAGUUUCUUUUUAUAGUCUGCCACUGGAUCAUAACCAACUCAGCUGCCGAGGUUCACCCAGGUCACUAGAUGGCCCGUUUGGGGAGCUUCAUCGGCAAGCGAGAUGUCAAAAGGCAUCCAAGACAUUUCUCUGAAGUCGGGAACUUCUGGAGGGUGGAAACGGGGCUGUUUUGCGCUCUUCCUGGUCAAGAACCAGAUGUUCAUGUUACAAUACUGAAAUAUUAUACUUUUUUAAUUAAAAAAAGACCUCAUGAUAACAGCUUGGCUUGCUAGUUUGUAUUCUUUGUAAUAGGGCACCUUGCUUUGUUCAUUAAUAUUAGCUGGUGUUUACAACCCUUUUAAGCCAAUAAGUUUUUUUUUUAUUAUGUUUCAUCCAACAGUCUGAAAUGUUUACCACCUUUAGUUUCAUUUCUGUACACCUGUGCAUGUGGUUUUUUUCCCCAUUGUGCUUUCAGAUAAGUGCAAUAAACUAUCCUUUUUCUUA